GUGUAGAAGAAAAAGAAUAUUUAAUGAAGAAAAUUGUCAGUGAUAAGAUUGAACAUGUUGUACAAGAAGAGUUAUCAGUUGUUAAAUCGAUUGAAGAAGAGGUUGUAGUAGAAAAACCUAAAGUAUUGUUGGAUGAGAAAGAAGUUGCUGUGGUUGCAGGGUUUGAGGAAAUAGCUGAGGAGGUUACAAUAAAAGAAGCCAAAAUAAUGGAAUCACCUUCUAAGGAAGCAAUUAUUGUAGCUGAGAAGACACCUGUGGUUGAAGAGGUGCCAUCUAAAUUAGUUGAAAGUAUUGAUAAAAUUACUCUAGAAAAAGAUACGGAGGAGGAGGAGGCAUAUGUUGAUAAAGUUAUAGAUGUCGAAAAGCAAAUGUUAGUAGAAGAGGUUACUGAAAUAGCAAGAAAAGUUGUAAAGGAAGUUAGAGAAAUUGAAGAAUCUGUUGUAGAAGAAGAAAUAAUUGAAAAAGUCAGUAAAGAAGAGCUGAUAAUGGAGGAAUCUAGAGAGGAGCAUGAAUUAGAAACAACUGAUAAAGAGCCAUUACCCAAAGAGAUAUUUGAACAGGCAGAACCUGAAUAUUUGAAAAUAAUGGAUGCAAUGGUUGGGCCAGUGGUUUUAGAAGAGGAAAAAUUAGAGGUUAGAUCAGAUGAGGUUGCAGAUGAAAUUGUUAAAUUGAAGAAAGCAGAAGCAGAGGUUGAAGAGAAAGAAAAACCAGCAAUAGAAGAUGUUAGAGAAGAAAUAUCAGAAUCAGUUGUACCUGUUGUAGAGGAAAAGGUUAUUGAGGAAAUAACUGUUGAGAAAAUAGUUGAUGUGAGUAAGGUGAAAGAAUUAGAUUUGACUAAAGUGGAGGAUGAUCAAUCUAUUGUCAAAAAAGUAAUUGAGGAAUUAAUGCCAGUGAGGGAAGUAGAAGAUUUGAAGGUUGUUAAAGAGGAGGAAGUUGUUGCAUUGACAAAGGAGGAUGUAGUGUUACACAAAGAAGUAAAAGAGAAAGAACCAACUAAGGAAAUUAUUGAUAAGGAAGUUGUUAAGGAUAAAACUGAGAAAGUGGAAGAUGAAAUGGUUGAGAAAGUAGAAGAAAAAGAACUUCCUGUGGUUGAAAUGACUGCAAAAAUUGAGGAAUUUGCAUUAUCACAGGUCGUUGUCACUGAUGAGCGUCCUGUAGGAAUUGCUGUUGAGGAACCUGAAGUGAAAGAAGAAAAAUUAGAAGUAGUUUUACCUAAAGAAGUUGAAAAAGAGGCAAUAGAGGUGAAAGAAGUGUCUGUGGAAGAAAGAGAAGUGGAAGAAGCUGUACAAUUAGAUAAAUCACCAGAAAGUGUAGAAGAAAAAGAAUAUUUAAUGAAGAAAAUUGUCAGUGAUAAGAUUGAACAUGUUGUACAAGAAGAGUUAUCAGUUGUUAAAUCGAUUGAAGAAGAGGUUGUAGUAGAAAAACCUAAAGUAUUGUUGGAUGAGAAAGAAGUUGCUGUGGUUGCAGGGUUUGAGGAAAUAGCUGAGGAGGUUACAAUAAAAGAAGCCAAAAUAAUGGAAUCACCUUCUAAGGAAGCAAUUAUUGUAGCUGAGAAGACACCUGUGGUUAAAGAGGUGCCAUCUAAAUUAGUUGAAACUAUUGAUAAAAUUACUCUAGAAAAAGAUACGGAGGAGGAGGAGGCAUAUGUUGAUAAAGUUUAUAGAUGUCGAAAAGCAAAUGUUAGUAGAAGAGGUUACUGAAAUAGCAGAAAAGUUGUAAAGGAAGUUAGAGAAAUUGAAGAAUCUGUUGUAGAAGAAGAAAUAAUUGAAAAAGUCAGUAAAGAAGAGCUGAUAAUGGAGGAAUCUAGAGAGGAGCAUGAAUUAGAAACAACUGAUAAAGAGCCAUUACCCAAAGAGAUAUUUGAACAGGCAGAACCUGAAUAUUUGAAAAUAAUGGAUGCAAUGGUUGGGCCAGUGGUUUUAGAAGAGGAAAAAUUAGAGGUUAGAUCAGAUGAGGUUGCAGAUGAAAUUGUUAAAUUGAAGAAAGCAGAAGCAGAGGUUGAAGAGAAAGAAAAACCAGCAAUAGAAGAUGUUAGAGAAGAAAUAUCGGAAUCAGUUGUACCUGUUGUAGAGGAAAAGGUUAUUGAGGAAAUAACUGUUGAGAAAAUAGUUGAUGUGAGUAAGGUGAAAGAAUUAGAUUUGACUAAAGUGGAGGUUGAUCAAUCUAUUGUCAAAAAAGUAAUUGAGGAAUUAAUGCCAGUGAGGGAAGUAGAAGAUUUAAAGGUUGUUAAAGAGGAGGAAGUUGUUGCAUUGACAAAGGAGGAUGUAGUGUUACACAAAGAAGUAAAAGAGAAAGAACCAACUAAGGAAAUUAUUGAUAAGGAAGUUGUUAAGGAUAAAACUGAGAAAGUGGAAGAUGAAAUGGUUGAGAAAGUAGAAGAAAAAGAACUUCCUGUGGUUGAAAUGACUGCAAAAAUUGAGGAAUUUGCAUUAUCACAGGUCGUUGUCACUGAUGAGCGUCCUGUAGGAAUUGCUGUUGAGGAACCUGAAGUGAAAGAAGAAAAAUUAGAAGUAGUUUUACCUAAAGAAGUUGAAAAAGAGGCAAUAGAGGUGAAAGAAGUGUCUGUGGAAGAAAGAGAAGUGGAAGAAGCUGUACAAUUAGAUAAAUCACCAGAAAGUGUAGAAGAAAAAGAAUAUUUAAUGAAGAAAAUUGUCAGUGAUAAGAUUGAACAUGUUGUACAAGAAGAGUUAUCAGUUGUUAAAUCGAUUGAAGAAGAGGUUGUAGUAGAAAAACCUAAAGUAUUGUUGGAUGAGAAAGAAGUUGCUGUGGUUGCAGGGUUUGAGGAAAUAGCUGAGGAGGUUACAAUAAAAGAAGCCAAAAUAAUGGAAUCACCUUCUAAGGAAGCAAUUAUUGUAGCUGAGAAGACACCUGUGGUUGAAGAGGUGCCAUCUAAAUUAGUUGAAAGUAUUGAUAAAAUUACUCUAGAAAAAGAUACGGAGGAGGAGGAGGCAUAUGUUGAUAAAGUUAUAGAUGUCGAAAAGCAAAUGUUAGUAGAAGAGGUUACUGAAAUAGCAAGAAAAGUUGUAAAGGAAGUUAGAGAAAUUGAAGAAUCUGUUGUAGAAGAAGAAAUAAUUGAAAAAGUCAGUAAAGAAGAGCUGAUAAUGGAGGAAUCUAGAGAGGAGCAUGAAUUAGAAACAACUGAUAAAGAGCCAUUACCCAAAGAGAUAUUUGAACAGGCAGAACCUGAAUAUUUGAAAAUAAUGGAUGCAAUGGUUGGGCCAGUGGUUUUAGAAGAGGAAAAAUUAGAGGUUAGAUCAGAUGAGGUUGCAGAUGAAAUUGUUAAAUUGAAGAAAGCAGAAGCAGAGGUUGAAGAGAAAGAAAAACCAGCAAUAGAAGAUGUUAGAGAAGAAAUAUCGGAAUCAGUUGUACCUGUUGUAGAGGAAAAGGUUAUUGAGGAAAUAACUGUUGAGAAAAUAGUUGAUGUGAGUAAGGUGAAAGAAUUAGAUUUGACUAAAGUGGAGGAUGAUCAAUCUAUUGUCAAAAAAGUAAUUGAGGAAUUAAUGCCAGUGAGGGAAGUAGAAGAUUUGAAGGUUGUUAAAGAGGAGGAAGUUGUUGCAUUGACAAAGGAGGAUGUAGUGUUACACAAAGAAGUAAAAGAGAAAGAACCAACUAAGGAAAUUAUUGAUAAGGAAGUUGUUAAGGAUAAAACUGAGAAAGUGGAAGAUGAAAUGGUUGAGAAAGUAGAAGAAAAAGAACUUCCUGUGGUUGAAAUGACUGCAAAAAUUGAGGAAUUUGCAUUAUCACAGGUCGUUGUCACUGAUGAGCGUCCUGUAGGAAUUGCUGUUGAGGAACCUGAAGUGAAAGAAGAAAAAUUAGAAGUAGUUUUACCUAAAGAAGUUGAAAAAGAGGCAAUAGAGGUGAAAGAAGUGUCUGUGGAAGAAAGAGAAGUGGAAGAAGCUGUACAAUUAGAUGAAUCACCAGAAAGUGUAGAAGAAAAAGAAUAUUUAAUGAAGAAAAUUGUCAGUGAUAAGAUUGAACAUGUUGUACAAGAAGAGUUAUCAGUUGUUAAAUCGAUUGAAGAAGAGGUUGUAGUAGAAAAACCUAAAGUAUUGUUGGAUGAGAAAGAAGUUGCUGUGGUUGCAGGGUUUGAGGAAAUAGCUGAGGAGGUUACAAUAAAAGAAGCCAAAAUAAUGGAAUCACCUUCUAAGGAAGCAAUUAUUGUAGCUGAGAAGACACCUGUGGUUGAAGAGGUGCCAUCUAAAUUAGUUGAAACUAUUGAUAAAAUUACUCUAGAAAAAGAUACGGAGGAGGAGGAGGCAUAUGUUGAUAAAGUUAUAGAUGUCGAAAAGCAAAUGUUAGUAGAAGAGGUUACUGAAAUAGCAAGAAAAGUUGUAAAGGAAGUUAGAGAAAUUGAAGAAUCUGUUGUAGAAGAAGAAAUAAUUGAAAAAGUCAGUAAAGAAGAGCUGAUAAUGGAGGAAUCUAGAGAGGAGCAUGAAUUAGAAACAACUGAUAAAGAGCCAUUACCCAAAGAGAUAUUUGAACAGGCAGAACCUGAAUAUUUGAAAAUAAUGGAUGCAAUGGUUGGGCCAGUGGUUUUAGAAGAGGAAAAAUUAGAGGUUAGAUCAGAUGAGGUUGCAGAUGAAAUUGUUAAAUUGAAGAAAGGAGAAGCAGAGGUUGAAGAGAAAGAAAAACCAGCAAUAGAAGAUGUUAGAGAAGAAAUAUCGGAAUCAGUUGUACCUGUUGUAGAGGAAAAGGUUAUUGAGGAAAUAACUGUUGAGAAAAUAGUUGAUGUGAGUAAGGUGAAAGAAUUAGAUUUGACUAAAGUGGAGGAUGAUCAAUCUAUUGUCAAAAAAGUAAUUGAGGAAUUAAUGCCAGUGAGGGAAGUAGAAGAUUUGAAGGUUGUUAAAGAGGAGGAAGUUGUUGCAUUGACAAAGGAGGAUGUAGUGUUACACAAAGAAGUAAAAGAGAAAGAACCAACUAAGGAAAUUAUUGAUAAGGAAGUUGUUAAGGAUAAAACUGAGAAAGUGGAAGAUGAAAUGGUUGAGAAAGUAGAAGAAAAAGAACUUCCUGUGGUUGAAAUGACUGCAAAAAUUGAGGAAUUUGCAUUAUCACAGGUCGUUGUCACUGAUGAGCGUCCUGUAGGAAUUGCUGUUGAGGAACCUGAAGUGAAAGAAGAAAAAUUAGAAGUAGUUUUACCUAAAGAAGUUGAAAAAGAGGCAAUAGAGGUGAAAGAAGUGUCUGUGGAAGAAGCUGUACAAUUAGAUAAAUCACCAGAAAGUGUAGAAGAAAAAGAAUAUUUAAUGAAGAAAAUUGUCAGUGAUAAGAUUGAACAUGUUGUACAAGAAGAGUUAUCAGUUGUUAAAUCGAUUGAAGAAGAGGUUGUAGUAGAAAAACCUAAAGUAUUGUUGGAUGAGAAGGAAGUUGCUGUGGUUGCAGGGUUUGAGGAAAUAGCUGAGGAGGUUACAAUAAAAGAAGCCAAAAUAAUGGAAUCACCUUCUAAGGAAGCAAUUAUUGUAGCUGAGAAGACACCUGUGGUUGAAGAGGUGCCAUCUAAAUUAGUUGAAACUAUUGAUAAAAUUACUCUAGAAAAAGAUACGGAGGAGGAGGAGGCAUAUGUUGAUAAAGUUAUAGAUGUCGAAAAGCAAAUGUUAGUAGAAGAGGUUACUGAAAUAGCAAGAAAAGUUGUAAAGGAAGUUAGAGAAAUUGAAGAAUCUGUUGUAGAAGAAGAAAUAAUUGAAAAAGUCAGUAAAGAAGAGCUGAUAAUGGAGGAAUCUAGAGAGGAGCAUGAAUUAGAAACAACUGAUAAAGAGCCAUUACCCAAAGAGAUAUUUGAACAGGCAGAACCUGAAUAUUUGAAAAUAAUGGAUGCAAUGGUUGGGCCAGUGGUUUUAGAAGAGGAAAAAUUAGAGGUUAGAUCAGAUGAGGUUGCAGAUGAAAUUGUUAAAUUGAAGAAAGCAGAAGCAGAGGUUGAAGAGAAAGAAAAACCAGCAAUAGAAGAUGUUAGAGAAGAAAUAUCGGAAUCAGUUGUACCUGUUGUAGAGGAAAAGGUUAUUGAGGAAAUAACUGUUGAGAAAAUAGUUGAUGUGAGUAAGGUGAAAGAAUUAGAUUUGACUAAAGUGGAGGAUGAUCAAUCUAUUGUCAAAAAAGUAAUUGAGGAAUUAAUGCCAGUGAGGGAAGUAGAAGAUUUAAAGGUUGUUAAAGAGGAGGAAGUUGUUGCAUUGACAAAGGAGGAUGUAGUGUUACACAAAGAAGUAAAAGAGAAAGAACCAACUAAGGAAAUUAUUGAUAAGGAAGUUGUUAAGGAUAAAACUGAGAAAGUGGAAGAUGAAAUGGUUGAGAAAGUAGAAGAAAAAGAACUUCCUGUGGUUGAAAUGACUGCAAAAAUUGAGGAAUUUGCAUUAUCACAGGUCGUUGUCACUGAUGAGCGUCCUGUAGGAAUUGCUGUUGAGGAACCUGAAGUGAAAGAAGAAAAAUUAGAAGUAGUUUUACCUAAAGAAGUUGAAAAAGAGGCAAUAGAGGUGAAAGAAGUGUCUGUGGAAGAAAGAGAAGUGGAAGAAGCUGUACAAUUAGAUAAAUCACCAGAAAGUGUAGAAGAAAAAGAAUAUUUAAUGAAGAAAAUUGUCAGUGAUAAGAUUGAACAUGUUGUACAAGAAGAGUUAUCAGUUGUUAAAUCGAUUGAAGAAGAGGUUGUAGUAGAAAAACCUAAAGUAUUGUUGGAUGAGAAAGAAGUUGCUGUGGUUGCAGGGUUUGAGGAAAUAGCUGAGGAGGUUACAAUAAAAGAAGCCAAAAUAAUGGAAUCACCUUCUAAGGAAGCAAUUAUUGUAGCUGAGAAGACACCUGUGGUUGAAGAGGUGCCAUCUAAAUUAGUUGAAAGUAUUGAUAAAAUUACUCUAGAAAAAGAUACGGAGGAGGAGGAGGCAUAUGUUGAUAAAGUUAUAGAUGUCGAAAAGCAAAUGUUAGUAGAAGAGGUUACUGAAAUAGCAAGAAAAGUUGUAAAGGAAGUUAGAGAAAUUGAAGAAUCUGUUGUAGAAGAAGAAAUAAUUGAAAAAGUCAGUAAAGAAGAGCUGAUAAUGGAGGAAUCUAGAGAGGAGCAUGAAUUAGAAACAACUGAUAAAGAGCCAUUACCCAAAGAGAUAUUUGAACAGGCAGAACCUGAAUAUUUGAAAAUAAUGGAUGCAAUGGUUGGGCCAGUGGUUUUAGAAGAGGAAAAAUUAGAGGUUAGAUCAGAUGAGGUUGCAGAUGAAAUUGUUAAAUUGAAGAAAGCAGAAGCAGAGGUUGAAGAGAAAGAAAAACCAGCAAUAGAAGAUGUUAGAGAAGAAAUAUCGGAAUCAGUUGUACCUGUUGUAGAGGAAAAGGUUAUUGAGGAAAUAACUGUUGAGAAAAUAGUUGAUGUGAGUAAGGUGAAAGAAUUAGAUUUGACUAAAGUGGAGGAUGAUCAAUCUAUUGUCAAAAAAGUAAUUGAGGAAUUAAUGCCAGUGAGGGAAGUAGAAGAUUUGAAGGUUGUUAAAGAGGAGGAAGUUGUUGCAUUGACAAAGGAGGAUGUAGUGUUACACAAAGAAGUAAAAGAGAAAGAACCAACUAAGGAAAUUAUUGAUAAGGAAGUUGUUAAGGAUAAAACUGAGAAAGUGGAAGAUGAAAUGGUUGAGAAAGUAGAAGAAAAAGAGCUUCCUGUGGUUGAAAUGACUGCAAAAAUUGAGGAAUUUGCUUUAUCACAGGUCGUUGUCACUGAUGAGCGUCCUGUAGGAAUUGCUGUUGAGGAACCUGAAGUGAAAGAAGAAAAAUUAGAAGUAGUUUUACCUAAAGAAGUUGAAAAAGAGGCAAUAGAGGUGAAAGAAGUGUCUGUGGAAGAAAGAGAAGUGGAAGAAGCUGUACAAUUAGAUAAAUCACCAGAAAGUGUAGAAGAAAAAGAAUAUUUAAUGAAGAAAAUUGUCAGUGAUAAGAUUGAACAUGUUGUACAAGAAGAGUUAUCAGUUGUUAAAUCGAUUGAAGAAGAGGUUGUAGUAGAAAAACCUAAAGUAUUGUUGGAUGAGAAAGAAGUUGCUGUGGUUGCAGGGUUUGAGGAAAUAGCUGAGGAGGUUACAAUAAAAGAAGCCAAAAUAAUGGAAUCACCUUCUAAGGAAGCAAUUAUUGUAGCUGAGAAGACACCUGUGGUUGAAGAGGUGCCAUCUAAAUUAGUUGAAAGUAUUGAUAAAAUUACUCUAGAAAAAGAUACGGAGGAGGAGGAGGCAUAUGUUGAUAAAGUUAUAGAUGUCGAAAAGCAAAUGUUAGUAGAAGAGGUUACUGAAAUAGCAAGAAAAGUUGUAAAGGAAGUUAGAGAAAUUGAAGAAUCUGUUGUAGAAGAAGAAAUAAUUGAAAAAGUCAGUAAAGAAGAGCUGAUAAUGGAGGAAUCUAGAGAGGAGCAUGAAUUAGAAACAACUGAUAAAGAGCCAUUACCCAAAGAGAUAUUUGAACAGGCAGAACCUGAAUAUUUGAAAAUAAUGGAUGCAAUGGUUGGGCCAGUGGUUUUAGAAGAGGAAAAAUUAGAGGUUAGAUCAGAUGAGGUUGCAGAUGAAAUUGUUAAAUUGAAGAAAGCAGAAGCAGAGGUUGAAGAGAAAGAAAAACCAGCAAUAGAAGAUGUUAGAGAAGAAAUAUCAGAAUCAGUUGUACCUGUUGUAGAGGAAAAGGUUAUUGAGGAAAUAACUGUUGAGAAAAUAGUUGAUGUGAGUAAGGUGAAAGAAUUAGAUUUGACUAAAGUGGAGGAUGAUCAAUCUAUUGUCAAAAAAGUAAUUGAGGAAUUAAUGCCAGUGAGGGAAGUAGAAGAUUUGAAGGUUGUUAAAGAGGAGGAAGUUGUUGCAUUGACAAAGGAGGAUGUAGUGUUACACAAAGAAGUAAAAGAGAAAGAACCAACUAAGGAAAUUAUUGAUAAGGAAGUUGUUAAGGAUAAAACUGAGAAAGUGGAAGAUGAAAUGGUUGAGAAAGUAGAAGAAAAAGAACUUCCUGUGGUUGAAAUGACUGCAAAAAUUGAGGAAUUUGCAUUAUCACAGGUCGUUGUCACUGAUGAGCGUCCUGUAGGAAUUGCUGUUGAGGAACCUGAAGUGAAAGAAGAAAAAUUAGAAGUAGUUUUACCUAAAGAAGUUGAAAAAGAGGCAAUAGAGGUGAAAGAAGUGUCUGUGGAAGAAAGAGAAGUGGAAGAAGCUGUACAAUUAGAUAAAUCACCAGAAAGUGUAAAAGAAAAAGAAUAUUUAAUGAAGAAAAUUGUCAGUGAUAAGAUUGAACAUGUUGUACAAGAAGAGUUAUCAGUUGUUAAAUCGAUUGAAGAAGAGGUUGUAGUAGAAAAACCUAAAGUAUUGUUGGAUGAGAAAGAAGUUGCUGUGGUUGCAGGGUUUGAGGAAAUAGCUGAGGAGGUUACAAUAAAAGAAGCCAAAAUAAUGGAAUCACCUUCUAAGGAAGCAAUUAUUGUAGCUGAGAAGACACCUGUGGUUGAAGAGGUGCCAUCUAAAUUAGUUGAAACUAUUGAUAAAAUUACUCUAGAAAAAGAUACGGAGGAGGAGGAGGCAUAUGUUGAUAAAGUUAUAGAUGGCGAAAAGCAAAUGUUAGUAGAAGAGGUUACUGAAAUAGCAAGAAAAGUUGUAAAGGAAGUUAGAGAAAUUGAAGAAUCUGUUGUAGAAGAAGAAAUAAUUGAAAAAGUCAGUAAAGAAGAGCUGAUAAUGGAGGAAUCUAGAGAGGAGCAUGAAUUAGAAACAACUGAUAAAGAGCCAUUACCCAAAGAGAUAUUUGAACAGGCAGAACCUGAAUAUUUGAAAAUAAUGGAUGCAAUGGUUGGGCCAGUGGUUUUAGAAGAGGAAAAAUUAGAGGUUAGAUCAGAUGAGGUUGCAGAUGAAAUUGUUAAAUUGAAGAAAGCAGAAGCAGAGGUUGAAGAGAAAGAAAAACCAGCAAUAGAAGAUGUUAGAGAAGAAAUAUCGGAAUCAGUUGUACCUGUUGUAGAGGAAAAGGUUAUUGAGGAAAUAACUGUUGAGAAAAUAGUUGAUGUGAGUAAGGUGAAAGAAUUAGAUUUGACUAAAGUGGAGGAUGAUCAAUCUAUUGUCAAAAAAGUAAUUGAGGAAUUAAUGCCAGUGAGGGAAGUAGAAGAUUUGAAGGUUGUUAAAGAGGAGGAAGUUGUUGCAUUGACAAAGGAGGAUGUAGUGUUACACAAAGAAGUAAAAGAGAAAGAACCAACUAAGGAAAUUAUUGAUAAGGAAGUUGUUAAGGAUAAAACUGAGAAAGUGGAAGAUGAAAUGGUUGAGAAAGUAGAAGAAAAAGAACUUCCUGUGGUUGAAAUGACUGCAAAAAUUGAGGAAUUUGCAUUAUCACAGGUCGUUGUCACUGAUGAGCGUCCUGUAGGAAUUGCUGUUGAGGAACCUGAAGUGAAAGAAGAAAAAUUAGAAGUAGUUUUACCUAAAGAAGUUGAAAAAGAGGCAAUAGAGGUGAAAGAAGUGUCUGUGGAAGAAGCUGUACAAUUAGAUAAAUCACCAGAAAGUGUAGAAGAAAAAGAAUAUUUAAUGAAGAAAAUUGUCAGUGAUAAGAUUGAACAUGUUGUACAAGAAGAGUUAUCAGUUGUUAAAUCGAUUGAAGAAGAGGUUGUAGUAGAAAAACCUAAAGUAUUGUUGGAUGAGAAAGAAGUUGCUGUGGUUGCAGGGUUUGAGGAAAUAGCUGAGGAGGUUACAAUAAAAGAAGCCAAAAUAAUGGAAUCACCUUCUAAGGAAGCAAUUAUUGUAGCUGAGAAGACACCUGUGGUUGAAGAGGUGCCAUCUAAAUUAGUUGAAACUAUUGAUAAAAUUACUCUAGAAAAAGAUACGGAGGAGGAGAAGGCAUAUGUUGAUAAAGUUAUAGAUGUCGAAAAGCAAAUGUUAGUAGAAGAGGUUACUGAAAUAGCAAGAAAAGUUGUAAAGGAAGUUAGAGAAAUUGAAGAAUCUGUUGUAGAAGAAGAAAUAAUUGAAAAAGUCAGUAAAGAAGAGCUGAUAAUGGAGGAAUCUAGAGAGGAGCAUGAAUUAGAAACAACUGAUAAAGAGCCAUUACCCAAAGAGAUAUUUGAACAGGCAGAACCUGAAUAUUUGAAAAUAAUGGAUGCAAUGGUUGGGCCAGUGGUUUUAGAAGAGGAAAAAUUAGAGGUUAGAUCAGAUGAGGUUGCAGAUGAAAUUGUUAAAUUGAAGAAAGCAGAAGCAGAGGUUGAAGAGAAAGAAAAACUAGCAAUAGAAGAUGUUAGAGAAGAAAUAUCGGAAUCAGUUGUACCUGUUGUAGAGGAAAAGGUUAUUGAGGAAAUAACUGUUGAGAAAAUAGUUGAUGUGAGUAAGGUGAAAGAAUUAGAUUUGACUAAAGUGGAGGAUGAUCAAUCUAUUGUCAAAAAAGUAAUUGAGGAAUUAAUGCCAGUGAGGGAAGUAGAAGAUUUGAAGGUUGUUAAAGAGGAGGAAGUUGUUGCAUUGACAAAGGAGGAUGUAGUGUUACACAAAGAAGUAAAAGAGAAAGAACCAACUAAGGAAAUUAUUGAUAAGGAAGUUGUUAAGGAUAAAACUGAGAAAGUGGAAGAUGAAAUGGUUGAGAAAGUAGAAGAAAAAGAACUUCCUGUGGUUGAAAUGACUGCAAAAAUUGAGGAAUUUGCAUUAUCACAGGUCGUUGUCACUGAUGAGCGUCCUGUAGGAAUUGCUGUUGAGGAACCUGAAGUGAAAGAAGAAAAAUUAGAAGUAGUUUUACCUAAAGAAGUUGAAAAAGAGGCAAUAGAGGUGAAAGAAGUGUCUGUGGAAGAAAGAGAAGUGGAAGAAGCUGUACAAUUAGAUAAAUCACCAGAAAGUGUAGAAGAAAAAGAAUAUUUAAUGAAGAAAAUUGUCAGUGAUAAGAUUGAACAUGUUGUACAAGAAGAGUUAUCAGUUGUUAAAUCGAUUGAAGAAGAGGUUGUAGUAGAAAAACCUAAAGUAUUGUUGGAUGAGAAAGAAGUUGCUGUGGUUGCAGGGUUUGAAGAAAUAGCUGAGGAGGUUACAAUAAAAGAAGCCAAAAUAAUGGAAUCACCUUCUAAGGAAGCAAUUAUUGUAGCUGAGAAGACACCUGUUGUUGAAGAGGUGCCAUCUAAAUUAGUUGAAACUAUUGAUAAAAUUACUCUAGAAAAAGAUACGGAGGAGGAGGAGGCAUAUGUUGAUAAAGUUAUAGAUGUCGAAAAGCAAAUGUUAGUAGUAGAGGUUACUGAAAUAGCAAGACAAGUUGUAAAGGAAGUUAGAGAAAUUGAAGAAUCUGUUGUAGAAGAAGAAAUAAUUGAAAAAGUCAGUAAAGAAGAGCUGAUAAUGGAGGAAUCUAGAGAGGAGCAUGAAUUAGAAACAACUGAUAAAGAGCCAUUACCCAAAGAGAUAUUUGAACAGGCAGAACCUGAAUAUUUGAAAAUAAUGGAUGCAAUGGUUGGGCCAGUGGUUUUAGAAGAGGAAAAAUUAGAGGUUAGAUCAGAUGAGGUUGCAGAUGAAAUUGUUAAAUUGAAGAAAGCAGAAGCAGAGGUUGAAGAGAAAGAAAAACUAGCAAUAGAAGAUGUUAGAGAAGAAAUAUCGGAAUCAGUUGUACCUGUUGUAGAGGAAAAGGUUAUUGAGGAAAUAACUGUUGAGAAAAUAGUUGAUGUGAGUAAGGUGAAAGAAUUAGAUUUGACUAAAGUGGAGGAUGAUCAAUCUAUUGUCAAAAAAGUAAUUGAGGAAUUAAUGCCAGUGAGGGAAGUAGAAGAUUUGAAGGUUGUUAAAGAGGAGGAAGUUGUUGCAUUGACAAAGGAGGAUGUAGUGUUACACAAAGAAGUAAAAGAGAAAGAACCAACUAAGGAAAUUAUUGAUAAAGAAGUUGUUAAGGAUAAAACUGAGAAAGUGGAAGAUGAAAUGGUUGAGAAAGUAGAAGAAAAAGAACUUCCUGUGGUUGAAAUGACUGCAAAAAUUGAGGAAUUUGCAUUAUCACAGGUCGUUGUCACUGAUGAGCGUCCUGUAGGAAUUGCUGUUGAGAAACCUGAAGUGAAAGAAGAAAAAUUAGAAGUAGUUUUACCUAAAGAAGUUGAAAAAGAGGCAAUAGAGGUGAAAGAAGUGUCUGUGGAAGAAAGAGAAGUGGAAGAAGCUGUACAAUUAGAUAAAUCACCAGAAAGUGUAGAAGAAAAAGAAUAUUUAAUGAAGAAAAUUGUCAGUGAUAAGAUUGAACAUGUUGUACAAGAAGAGUUAUCAGUUGUUAAAUCGAUUGAAGAAGAGGUUGUAGUAGAAAAACCUAAAGUAUUGAAGGAUGAGAAAGAAGUUGCUGUGGUUGCAGGGUUUGAGGAAAUAGCUGAGGAGGUUACAAUAAAAGAAGCCAAAAUAAUGGAAUCACCUUCUAAGGAAGCAAUUAUUGUAGCUGAGAAGACACCUGUGGUUGAAGAGGUGCCAUCUAAAUUAGUUGAAACUAUUGAUAAAAUUACUCUAGAAAAAGAUACGGAGGAGGAGGAGGCUUAUGUUGAUAAAGUUAUAGAUGUCGAAAAGCAAAUGUUAGUAGAAGAGGUCACUGAAAUAGCAAGAAAAGUUGUAAAGGAAGUUAGAGAAAUUGAAGAAUCUGUUGUAGAAGAAGAAAUAAUUGAAAAAGUCAGUAAAGAAGAGCUGAUAAUGGAGGAAUCUAGAGAGGAGCAUGAAUUAGAAACAACUGAUAAAGAGCCAUUACCCAAAGAGAUAUUUGAACAGGCAGAACCUGAAUAUUUGAAAAUAAUGGAUGCAAUGGUUGGGCCAGUGGUUUUAGAAGAGGAAAAAUUAGAGGUUAGAUCAGAUGAGGUUGCAGAUGAAAUUGUUAAAUUGAAGAAAGCAGAAGCAGAGGUUGAAGAGAAAGAAAAACCAGCAAUAGAAGAUGUUAGAGAAGAAAUAUCGGAAUCAGUUGUACCUGUUGUAGAGGAAAAGGUUAUUGAGGAAAUAACUGUUGAGAAAAUAGUUGAUGUGAGUAAGGUGAAAGAAUUAGAUUUGACUAAAGUGGAGGAUGAUCAAUCUAUUGUCAAAAAAGUAAUUGAGGAAUUAAUGCCAGUGAGGGAAGUAGAAGAUUUGAAGGUUGUUAAAGAGGAGGAAGUUGUUGCAUUGACAAAGGAGGAUGUAGUGUUACACAAAGAAGUAAAAGAGAAAGAACCAACUAAGGAAAUUAUUGAUAAGGAAGUUGUUAAGGAUAAAACUGAGAAAGUGGAAGAUGAAAUGGUUGAGAAAGUAGAAGAAAAAGAACUUCCUGUGGUUGAAAUGACUGCAAAAAUUGAGGAAUUUGCAUUAUCACAGGUCGUUGUCACUGAUGAGCGUCCUGUAGGAAUUGCUGUUGAGGAACCUGAAGUGAAAGAAGAAAAAUUAGAAGUAGUUUUACCUAAAGAAGUUGAAAAAGAGGCAAUAGAGGUGAAAGAAGUGUCUGUGGAAGAAAGAGAAGUGGAAGAAGCUGUACAAUUAGAUAAAUCACCAGAAAGUGUAGAAGAAAAAGAAUAUUUAAUGAAGAAAAUUGUCAGUGAUAAGAUUGAACAUGUUGUACAAGAAGAGUUAUCAGUUGUUAAAUCGAUUGAAGAAGAGGUUGUAGUAGAAAAACCUAAAGUAUUGUUGGAUGAGAAAGAAGUUGCUGUGGUUGCAGGGUUUGAGGAAAUAGCUGAGGAGGUUACAAUAAAAGAAGCCAAAAUAAUGGAAUCACCUUCUAAGGAAGCAAUUAUUGUAGCUGAGAAGACACCUGUGGUUGAAGAGGUGCCAUCUAAAUUAGUUGAAACUAUUGAUAAAAUUACUCUAGAAAAAGAUACGGAUGAGGAGGAGGCAUAUGUUGAUAAAGUUAUAGAUGUCGAAAAGCAAAUGUUAGUAGAAGAGGUUACUGAAAUAGCAAGAAAAGUUGUAAAGGAAGUUAGAGAAAUUGAAGAAUCUGUUGUAGAAGAAGAAAUAAUUGAAAAAGUCAGUAAAGAAGAGCUGAUAAUGGAGGAAUCUAGAGAGGAGCAUGAAUUAGAAACAACUGAUAAAGAGCCAUUACCCAAAGAGAUAUUUGAACAGGCAGAACCUGAAUAUUUGAAAAUAAUGGAUGCAAUGGUUGGGCCAGUGGUUUUAGAAGAGGAAAAAUUAGAGGUUAGAUCAGAUGAGGUUGCAGAUGAAAUUGUUAAAUUGAAGAAAGCAGAAGCAGAGGUUGAAGAGAAAGAAAAACCAGCAAUAGAAGAUGUUAGAGAAGAAAUAUCGGAAUCAGUUGUACCUGUUGUAGAGGAAAAGGUUAUUGAGGAAAUAACUGUUGAGAAAAUAGUUGAUGUGAGUAAGGUGAAAGAAUUAGAUUUGACUAAAGUGGAGGAUGAUCAAUCUAUUGUCAAAAAAGUAAUUGAGGAAUUAAUGCCAGUGAGGGAAGUAGAAGAUUUGAAGGUUGUUAAAGAGGAGGAAGUUGUUGCAUUGACAAAGGAGGAUGUAGUGUUACACAAAGAAGUAAAAGAGAAAGAACCAACUAAGGAAAUUAUUGAUAAGGAAGUUGUUAAGGAUAAAACUGAGAAAGUGGAAGAUGAAAUGGUUGAGAAAGUAGAAGAAAAAGAACUUCCUGUGGUUGAAAUGACUGCAAAAAUUGAGGAAUUUGCAUUAUCACAGGUCGUUGUCACUGAUGAGCGUCCUGUAGGAAUUGCUGUUGAGAAACCUGAAGUGAAAGAAGAAAAAUUAGAAGUAGUUUUACCUAAAGAAGUUGAAAAAGAGGCAAUAGAGGUGAAAGAAGUGUCUGUGGAAGAAAGAGAAGUGGAAGAAGCUGUACAAUUAGAUAAAUCACCAGAAAGUGUAGAAGAAAAAGAAUAUUUAAUGAAGAAAAUUGUCAGUGAUAAGAUUGAACAUGUUGUACAAGAAGAGUUAUCAGUUGUUAAAUCGAUUGAAGAAGAGGUUGUAGUAGAAAAACCUAAAGUAUUGUUGGAUGAGAAAGAAGUUGCUGUGGUUGCAGGGUUUGAGGAAAUAGCUGAGGAGGUUACAAUAAAAGAAGCCAAAAUAAUGGAAUCACCUUCUAAGGAAGCAAUUAUUGUAGCUGAGAAGACACCUGUGGUUGAAGAGGUGCCAUCUAAAUUAGUUGAAACUAUUGAUAAAAUUACUCUAGAAAAAGAUACGGAGGAGGAGGAGGCAUAUGUUGAUAAAGUUAUAGAUGUCGAAAAGCAAAUGUUAGUAGAAGAGGUUACUGAAAUAGCAAGAAAAGUUGUAAAGGAAGUUAGAGAAAUUGAAGAAUCUGUUGUAGAAGAAGAAAUAAUUGAAAAAGUCAGUAAAGAAGAGCUGAUAAUGGAGGAAUCUAGAGAGGAGCAUGAAUUAGAAACAACUGAUAAAGAGCCAUUACCCAAAGAGAUAUUUGAACAGGCAGAACCUGAAUAUUUGAAAAUAAUGGAUGCAAUGGUUGGGCCAGUGGUUUUAGAAGAGGAAAAAUUAGAGGUUAGAUCAGAUGAGGUUGCAGAUGAAAUUGUUAAAUUGAAGAAAGCAGAAGCAGAGGUUGAAGAGAAAGAAAAACCAGCAAUAGAAGAUGUUAGAGAAGAAAUAUCGGAAUCAGUUGUACCUGUUGUAGAGGAAAAGGUUAUUGAGGAAAUAACUGUUGAGAAAAUAGUUGAUGUGAGUAAGGUGAAAGAAUUAGAUUUGACUAAAGUGGAGGAUGAUCAAUCUAUUGUCAAAAAAGUAAUUGAGGAAUUAAUGCCAGUGAGGGAAGUAGAAGAUUUGAAGGUUGUUAAAGAGGAGGAAGUUGUUGCAUUGACAAAGGAGGAUGUAGUGUUACACAAAGAAGUAAAAGAGAAAGAACCAACUAAGGAAAUUAUUGAUAAGGAAGUUGUUAAGGAUAAAACUGAGAAAGUGGAAGAUGAAAUGGUUGAGAAAGUAGAAGAAAAAGAACUUCCUGUGGUUGAAAUGACUGCAAAAAUUGAGGAAUUUGCAUUAUCACAGGUCGUUGUCACUGAUGAGCGUCCUGUAGGAAUUGCUGUUGAGGAACCUGAAGUGAAAGAAGAAAAAUUAGAAGUAGUUUUACCUAAAGAAGUUGAAAAAGAGGCAAUAGAUGUGAAAGAAGUGUCUGUGGAAGAAGCUGUACAAUUAGAUAAAUCACCAGAAAGUGUAGAAGAAAAAGAAUAUUUAAUGAAGAAAAUUGUCAGUGAUAAGAUUGAACAUGUUGUACAAGAAGAGUUAUCAGUUGUUAAAUCGAUUGAAGAAGAGGUUGUAGUAGAAAAACCUAAAGUAUUGUUGGAUGAGAAAGAAGUUGCUGUGGUUGCAGGGUUUGAGGAAAUAGCUGAGGAGGUUACAAUAAAAGAAGCCAAAAUAAUGGAAUCACCUUCUAAGGAAGCAAUUAUUGUAGCUGAGAAGACACCUGUGGUUGAAGAGGUGCCAUCUAAAUUAGUUGAAAGUAUUGAUAAAAUUACUCUAGAAAAAGAUACGGAGGAGGAGGAGGCAUAUGUUGAUAAAGUUAUAGAUGUCGAAAAGCAAAUGUUAGUAGAAGAGGUUACUGAAAUAGCAAGAAAAGUUGUAAAGGAAGUUAGAGAAAUUGAAGAAUCUGUUGUAGAAGAAGAAAUAAUUGAAAAAGUCAGUAAAGAAGAGCUGAUAAUGGAGGAAUCUAGAGAGGAGCAUGAAUUAGAAACAACUGAUAAAGAGCCAUUACCCAAAGAGAUAUUUGAACAGGCAGAACCUGAAUAUUUGAAAAUAAUGGAUGCAAUGGUUGGGCCAGUGGUUUUAGAAGAGGAAAAAUUAGAUGUUAGAUCAGAUGAGGUUGCAGAUGAAAUUGUUAAAUUGAAGAAAGCAGAAGCAGAGGUUGAAGAGAAAGAAAAACCAGCAAUAGAAGAUGUUAGAGAAGAAAUAUCGGAAUCAGUUGUACCUGUUGUAGAGGAAAAGGUUAUUGAGGAAAUAACUGUUGAGAAAAUAGUUGAUGUGAGUAAGGUGAAAGAAUUAGAUUUGACUAAAGUGGAGGAUGAUCAAUCUAUUGUCAAAAAAGUAAUUGAGGAAUUAAUGCCAAUGAGGGAAGUAGAAGAUUUGAAGGUUGUUAAAGAGGAGGAAGUUGUUGCAUUGACAAAGGAGGAUGUAGUGUUACACAAAGAAGUAAAAGAGAAAGAACCAACUAAGGAAAUUAUUGAUAAGGAAGUUGUUAAGGAUAAAACUGAGAAAGUGGAAGAUGAAAUGGUUGAGAAAGUAGAAGAAAAAGAACUUCCUGUGGUUGAAAUGACUGCAAAAAUUGAGGAAUUUGCAUUAUCACAGGUCGUUGUCACUGAUGAGCGUCCUGUAGGAAUUGCUGUUGAGGAACCUGAAGUGAAAGAAGAAAAAUUAGAAGUAGUUUUACCUAAAGAAGUUGAAAAAGAGGCAAUAGAGGUGAAAGAAGUGUCUGUGGAAGAAAGAGAAGUGGAAGAAGCUGUACAAUUAGAUAAAUCACCAGAAAGUGUAGAAGAAAAAGAAUAUUUAAUGAAGAAAAUUGUCAGUGAUAAGAUUGAACAUGUUGUACAAGAAGAGUUAUCAGUUGUUAAAUCGAUUGAAGAAGAGGUUGUAGUAGAAAAACCUAAAGUAUUGUUGGAUGAGAAAGAAGUUGCUGUGGUUGCAGGGUUUGAGGAAAUAGCUGAGGAGGUUACAAUAAAAGAAGCCAAAAUAAUGGAAUCACCUUCUAAGGAAGCAAUUAUUGUAGCUGAGAAGACACCUGUGGUUGAAGAGGUGCCAUCUAAAUUAGUUGAAAGUAUUGAUAAAAUUACUCUAGAAAAAGAUACGGAGGAGGAGGAGGCAUAUGUUGAUAAAGUUAUAGAUGUCGAAAAGCAAAUGUUAGUAGAAGAGGUUACUGAAAUAGCAAGAAAAGUUGUAAAGGAAGUAAGAGAAAUUGAAGAAUCUGUUGUAGAAGAAGAAAUAAUUGAAAAAGUCAGUAAAGAAGAGCUGAUAAUGGAGGAAUCUAGAGAGGAGCAUGAAUUAGAAACAACUGAUAAAGAGCCAUUACCCAAAGAGAUAUUUGAACAGGCAGAACCUGAAUAUUUGAAAAUAAUGGAUGCAAUGGUUGGGCCAGUGGUUUUAGAAGAGGAAAAAUUAGAGGUUAGAUCAGAUGAGGUUGCAGAUGAAAUUGUUAAAUUGAAGAAAGCAGAAGCAGAGGUUGAAGAGAAAGAAAAACCAGCAAUAGAAGAUGUUAGAGAAGAAAUAUCGGAAUCAGUUGUACCUGUUGUAGAGGAAAAGGUUAUUGAGGAAAUAACUGUUGAGAAAAUAGUUGAUGUGAGUAAGGUGAAAGAAUUAGAUUUGACUAAAGUGGAGGAUGAUCAAUCUAUUGUCAAAAAAGUAAUUGAGGAAUUAAUGCCAGUGAGGGAAGUAGAAGAUUUGAAGGUUGUUAAAGAGGAGGAAGUUGUUGCAUUGACAAAGGAGGAUGUAGUGUUACACAAAGAAGUAAAAGAGAAAGAACCAACUAAGGAAAUUAUUGAUAAGGAAGUUGUUAAGGAUAAAACUGAGAAAGUGGAAGAUGAAAUGGUUGAGAAAGUAGAAGAAAAAGAACUUCCUGUGGUUGAAAUGACUGCAAAAAUUGAGGAAUUUGCAUUAUCACAGGUCGUUGUCACUGAUGAGCGUCCUGUAGGAAUUGCUGUUGUGGAACCUGAAGUGAAAGAAGAAAAAUUAGAAGUAGUUUUACCCAAAGAAGUUGAAAAAGAGGCAAUAGAGGUGAAAGAAGUGUCUGUGGAAGAAGCUGUACAAUUAGAUAAAUCACCAGAAAGUGUAGAAGAAAAAGAAUAUUUAAUGAAGAAAAUUGUCAGUGAUAAGAUUGAACAUGUUGUACAAGAAGAGUUAUCAGUUGUUAAAUCGAUUGAAGAAGAGGUUGUAGUAGAAAAACCUAAAGUAUUGUUGGAUGAGAAAGAAGUUGCUGUGGUUGCAGGGUUUGAGGAAAUAGCUGAGGAGGUUACAAUAAAAGAAGCCAAAAUAAUGGAAUCACCUUCUAAGGAAGCAAUUAUUGUAGCUGAGAAGACACCUGUGGUUGAAGAGGUGCCAUCUAAAUUAGUUGAAACUAUUGAUAAAAUUACUCUAGAAAAAGAUACGGAGGAGGAGGAGGCAUAUGUUGAUAAAGUUAUAGAUGUCGAAAAGCAAAUGUUAGUAGAAGAGGUUACUGAAAUAGCAAGAAAAGUUGUAAAGGAAGUUAGAGAAAUUGAAGAAUCUGUUGUAGAAGAAGAAAUAAUUGAAAAAGUCAGUAAAGAAGAGCUGAUAAUGGAGGAAUCUAGAGAGGAGCAUGAAUUAGAAACAACUGAUAAAGAGCCAUUACCCAAAGAGAUAUUUGAACAGGCAGAACCUGAAUAUUUGAAAAUAAUGGAUGCAAUGGUUGGGCCAGUGGUUUUAGAAGAGGAAAAAUUAGAGGUUAGAUCAGAUGAGGUUGCAGAUGAAAUUGUUAAAUUGAAGAAAGCAGAAGCAGAGGUUGAAGAGAAAGAAAAACCAGCAAUAGAAGAUGUUAGAGAAGAAAUAUCGGAAUCAGUUGUACCUGUUGUAGAGGAAAAGGUUAUUGAGGAAAUAACUGUUGAGAAAAUAGUUGAUGUGAGUAAGGUGAAAGAAUUAGAUUUGACUAAAGUGGAGGAUGAUCAAUCUAUUGUCAAAAAAGUAAUUGAGGAAUUAAUGCCAGUGAGGGAAGUAGAAGAUUUGAAGGUUGUUAAAGAGGAGGAAGUUGUUGCAUUGACAAAGGAGGAUGUAGUGUUACACAAAGAAGUAAAAGAGAAAGAACCAACUAAGGAAAUUAUUGAUAAGGAAGUUGUUAAGGAUAAAACUGAGAAAGUGGAAGAUGAAAUGGUUGAGAAAGUAGAAGAAAAAGAACUUCCUGUGGUUGAAAUGACUGCAAAAAUUGAGGAAUUUGCAUUAUCACAGGUCGUUGUCACUGAUGAGCGUCCUGUAGGAAUUGCUGUUGAGGAACCUGAAGUGAAAGAAGAAAAAUUAGAAGUAGUUUUACCUAAAGAAGUUGAAAAAGAGGCAAUAGAGGUGAAAGAAGUGUCUGUGGAAGAAGCUGUACAAUUAGAUAAAUCACCAGAAAGUGUAGAAGAAAAAGAAUAUUUAAUGAAGAAAAUUGUCAGUGAUAAGAUUGAACAUGUUGUACAAGAAGAGUUAUCAGUUGUUAAAUCGAUUGAAGAAGAGGUUGUAGUAGAAAAACCUAAAGUAUUGUUGGAUGAGAAAGAAGUUGCUGUGGUUGCAGGGUUUGAGGAAAUAGCUGAGGAGGUUACAAUAAAAGAAGCCAAAAUAAUGGAAUCACCUUCUAAGGAAGCAAUUAUUGUAGCUGAGAAGACACCUGUGGUUGAAGAGGUGCCAUCUAAAUUAGUUGAAAGUAUUGAUAAAAUUACUCUAGAAAAAGAUACGGAGGAGGAGGAGGCAUAUGUUGAUAAAGUUAUAGAUGUCGAAAAGCAAAUGUUAGUAGAAGAGGUUACUGAAAUAGCAAGAAAAGUUGUAAAGGAAGUUAGAGAAAUUGAAGAAUCUGUUGUAGAAGAAGAAAUAAUUGAAAAAGUCAGUAAAGAAGAGCUGAUAAUGGAGGAAUCUAGAGAGGAGCAUGAAUUAGAAACAACUGAUAAAGAGCCAUUACCCAAAGAGAUAUUUGAACAGGCAGAACCUGAAUAUUUGAAAAUAAUGGAUGCAAUGGUUGGGCCAGUGGUUUUAGAAGAGGAAAAAUUAGAGGUUAGAUCAGAUGAGGUUGCAGAUGAAAUUGUUAAAUUGAAGAAAGCAGAAGCAGAGGUUGAAGAGAAAGAAAAACCAGCAAUAGAAGAUGUUAGAGAAGAAAUAUCGGAAUCAGUUGUACCUGUUGUAGAGGAAAAGGUUAUUGAGGAAAUAACUGUUGAGAAAAUAGUUGAUGUGAGUAAGGUGAAAGAAUUAGAUUUGACUAAAGUGGAGGAUGAUCAAUCUAUUGUCAAAAAAGUAAUUGAGGAAUUAAUGCCAGUGAGGGAAGUAGAAGAUUUGAAGGUUGUUAAAGAGGAGGAAGUUGUUGCAUUGACAAAGGAGGAUGUAGUGUUACACAAAGAAGUAAAAGAGAAAGAACCAACUAAGGAAAUUAUUGAUAAGGAAGUUGUUAAGGAUAAAACUGAGAAAGUGGAAGAUGAAAUGGUUGAGAAAGUAGAAGAAAAAGAACUUCCUGUGGUUGAAAUGACUGCAAAAAUUGAGGAAUUUGCAUUAUCACAGGUCGUUGUCACUGAUGAGCGUCCUGUAGGAAUUGCUGUUGAGGAACCUGAAGUGAAAGAAGAAAAAUUAGAAGUAGUUUUACCUAAAGAAGUUGAAAAAGAGGCAAUAGAGGUGAAAGAAGUGUCUGUGGAAGAAAGAGAAGUGGAAGAAGCUGUACAAUUAGAUAAAUCACCAGAAAGUGUAGAAGAAAAAGAAUAUUUAAUGAAGAAAAUUGUCAGUGAUAAGAUUGAACAUGUUGUACAAGAAGAGUUAUCAGUUGUUAAAUCGAUUGAAGAAGAGGUUGUAGUAGAAAAACCUAAAGUAUUGUUGGAUGAGAAAGAAGUUGCUGUGGUUGCAGGGUUUGAGGAAAUAGCUGAGGAGGUUACAAUAAAAGAAGCCAAAAUAAUGGAAUCACCUUCUAAGGAAGCAAUUAUUGUAGCUGAGAAGACACCUGUGGUUGAAGAGGUGCCAUCUAAAUUAGUUGAAACUAUUGAUAAAAUUACUCUAGAAAAAGAUACGGAGGAGGAGGAGGCAUAUGUUGAUAAAGUUAUAGAUGUCGAAAAGCAAAUGUUAGUAGAAGAGGUUACUGAAAUAGCAAGAAAAGUUGUAAAGGAAGUUAGAGAAAUUGAAGAAUCUGUUGUAGAAGAAGAAAUAAUUGAAAAAGUCAGUAAAGAAGAGCUGAUAAUGGAGGAAUCUAGAGAGGAGCAUGAAUUAGAAACAACUGAUAAAGAGCCAUUACCCAAAGAGAUAUUUGAACAGGCAGAACCUGAAUAUUUGAAAAUAAUGGAUGCAAUGGUUGGGCCAGUGGUUUUAGAAGAGGAAAAAUUAGAGGUUAGAUCAGAUGAGGUUGCAGAUGAAAUUGUUAAAUUGAAGAAAGCAGAAGCAGAGGUUGAAGAGAAAGAAAAACCAGCAAUAGAAGAUGUUAGAGAAGAAAUAUCGGAAUCAGUUGUACCUGUUGUAGAGGAAAAGGUUAUUGAGGAAAUAACUGUUGAGAAAAUAGUUGAUGUGAGUAAGGUGAAAGAAUUAGAUUUGACUAAAGUGGAGGAUGAUCAAUCUAUUGUCAAAAAAGUAAUUGAGGAAUUAAUGCCAGUGAGGGAAGUAGAAGAUUUGAAGGUUGUUAAAGAGGAGGAAGUUGUUGCAUUGACAAAGGAGGAUGUAGUGUUACACAAAGAAGUAAAAGAGAAAGAACCAACUAAGGAAAUUAUUGAUAAGGAAGUUGUUAAGGAUAAAACUGAGAAAGUGGAAGAUGAAAUGGUUGAGAAAGUAGAAGAAAAAGAACUUCCUGUGGUUGAAAUGACUGCAAAAAUUGAGGAAUUUGCAUUAUCACAGGUCGUUGUCACUGAUGAGCGUCCUGUAGGAAUUGCUGUUGAGGAACCUGAAGUGAAAGAAGAAAAAUUAGAAGUAGUUUUACCUAAAGAAGUUGAAAAAGAGGCAAUAGAGGUGAAAGAAGUGUCUGUGGAAGAAAGAGAAGUGGAAGAAGCUGUACAAUUAGAUAAAUCACCAGAAAGUGUAGAAGAAAAAGAAUAUUUAAUGAAGAAAAUUGUCAGUGAUAAGAUUGAACAUGUUGUACAAGAAGAGUUAUCAGUUGUUAAAUCGUUUGAAGAAGUGGUUGUAGUAGAAAAACCUAAAGUAUUGUUGGAUGAGAAAGAAGUUGCUGUGGUUGCAGGGUUUGAGGAAAUAGCUGAGGAGGUUACAAUAAAAGAAGCCAAAAUAAUGGAAUCACCUUCUAAGGAAGCAAUUAUUGUAGCUGAGAAGACACCUGUGGUUGAAGAGGUGCCAUCUAAAUUAGUUGAAACUAUUGAUAAAAUUACUCUAGAAAAAGAUACGGAGGAGGAGGAGGCAUAUGUUGAUAAAGUUAUAGAUGUCGAAAAGCAAAUGUUAGUAGAAGAGGUUACUGAAAUAGCAAGAAAAGUUGUAAAGGAAGUUAGAGAAAUUGAAGAAUCUGUUGUAGAAGAAGAAAUAAUUGAAAAAGUCCUUAAAGAAGAGCUGAUAAUGGAGGAAUCUAGAGAGGAGCAUGAAUUAGAAACAACUGAUAAAGAGCCAUUACCCAAAGAGAUAUUUGAACAGGCAGAACCUGAAUAUUUGAAAAUAAUGGAUGCAAUGGUUGGGCCAGUGGUUUUAGAAGAGGAAAAAUUAGAGGUUAGAUCAGAUGAGGUUGCAGAUGAAUUUGUUAAAUUGAAGAAAGCAGAAGCAGAGGUUGAAGAGAAAGAAAAACCAGCAAUAGAAGAUGUUAGAGAAGAAAUAUCGGAAUCAGUUGUACCUGUUGUAGAGGAAAAGGUUAUUGAGGAAAUAACUGUUGAGAAAAUAGUUGAUGUGAGUAAGGUGAAAGAAUUAGAUUUGACUAAAGUGGAGGAUGAUCAAUCUAUUGUCAAAAAAGUAAUUGAGGAAUUAAUGCCAGUGAGGGAAGUAGAAGAUUUGAAGGUUGUUAAAGAGGAGGAAGUUGUUGCAUUGACAAAGGAGGAUGUAGUGUUACACAAAGAAGUAAAAGAGAAAGAACCAACUAAGGAAAUUAUUGAUAAGGAAGUUGUUAAGGAUAAAACUGAGAAAGUGGAAGAUGAAAUGGUUGAGAAAGUAGAAGAAAAAGAACUUCCUGUGGUUGAAAUGACUGCAAAAAUUGAGGAAUUUGCAUUAUCACAGGUCGUUGUCACUGAUGAGCGUCCUGUAGGAAUUGCUGUUGAGGAACCUGAAGUGAAAGAAGAAAAAUUAGAAGUAGUUUUACCUAAAGAAGUUGAAAAAGAGGCAAUAGAGGUGAAAGAAGUGUCUGUGGAAGAAAGAGAAGUGGAAGAAGCUGUACAAUUAUAUAAAUCACCAGAAAGUGUAGAAGAAAAAGAAUAUUUAAUGAAGAAAAUUGUCAGUGAUAAGAUUGAACAUGUUGUACAAGAAGAGUUAUCAGUUGUUAAAUCGAUUGAAGAAGAGGUUGUAGUAGAAAAACCUAAAGUAUUGUUGGAUGAGAAAGAAGUUGCUGUGGUUGCAGGGUUUGAGGAAAUAGCUGAGGAGGUUACAAUAAAAGAAGCCAAAAUAAUGGAAUCACCUUCUAAGGAAGCAAUUAUUGUAGCUGAGAAGACACCUGUGGUUGAAGAGGUGCCAUCUAAAUUAGUUGAAACUAUUGAUAAAAUUACUCUAGAAAAAGAUACGGAGGAGGAGGAGGCAUAUGUUGAUAAAGUUAUAGAUGUCGAAAAGCAAAUGUUAGUAGAAGAGGUUACUGAAAUAGCAAGAAAAGUUGUAAAGGAAGUUAGAGAAAUUGAAGAAUCUGUUGUAGAAGAAGAAAUAAUUGAAAAAGUCAGUAAAGAAGAGCUGAUAAUGGAGGAAUCUAGAGAGGAGCAUGAAUUAGAAACAACUGAUAAAGAGCCAUUACCCAAAGAGAUAUUUGAACAGGCAGAACCUGAAUAUUUGAAAAUAAUGGAUGCAAUGGUUGGGCCAGUGGUUUUAGAAGAGGAAAAAUUAGAGGUUAGAUCAGAUGAGGUUGCAGAUGAAAUUGUUAAAUUGAAGAAAGCAGAAGCAGAGGUUGAAGAGAAAGAAAAACCAGCAAUAGAAGAUGUUAGAGAAGAAAUAUCGGAAUCAGUUGUACCUGUUGUAGAGGAAAAGGUUAUUGAGGAAAUAACUGUUGAGAAAAUAGUUGAUGUGAGUAAGGUGAAAGAAUUAGAUUUGACUAAAGUGGAGGAUGAUCAAUCUAUUGUCAAAAAAGUAAUUGAGGAAUUAAUGCCAGUGAGGGAAGUAGAAGAUUUGAAGGUUGUUAAAGAGGAGGAAGUUGUUGCAUUGACAAAGGAGGAUGUAGUGUUACACAAAGAAGUAAAAGAGAAAGAACCAACUAAGGAAAUUAUUGAUAAGGAAGUUGUUAAGGAUAAAACUGAGAAAGUGGAAGAUGAAAUGGUUGAGAAAGUAGAAGAAAAAGAACUUCCUGUGGUUGAAAUGACUGCAAAAAUUGAGGAAUUUGCAUUAUCACAGGUCGUUGUCACUGAUGAGCGUCCUGUAGGAAUUGCUGUUGAGGAACCUGAAGUGAAAGAAGAAAAAUUAGAAGUAGUUUUACCUAAAGAAGUUGAAAAAGAGGCAAUAGAGGUGAAAGAAGUGUCUGUGGAAGAAAGAGAAGUGGAAGAAGCUGUACAAUUAGAUAAAUCACCAGAAAGUGUAGAAGAAAAAGAAUAUUUAAUGAAGAAAAUUGUCAGUGAUAAGAUUGAACAUGUUGUACAAGAAGAGUUAUCAGUUGUUAAAUCGAUUGAAGAAGAGGUUGUAGUAGAAAAACCUAAAGUAUUGUUGGAUGAGAAAGAAGUUGCUGUGGUUGCAGGGUUUGAGGAAAUAGCUGAGGAGGUUACAAUAAAAGAAGCCAAAAUAAUGGAAUCACCUUCUAAGGAAGCAAUUAUUGUAGCUGAGAAGACACCUGUGGUUGAAGAGGUGCCAUCUAAAUUAGUUGAAACUAUUGAUAAAAUUACUCUAGAAAAAGAUACGGAGGAGGAGGAGGCAUAUGUUGAUAAAGUUAUAGAUGUCGAAAAGCAAAUGUUAGUAGAAGAGGUUACUGAAAUAGCAAGAAAAGUUGUAAAGGAAGUUAGAGAAAUUGAAGAAUCUGUUGUAGAAGAAGAAAUAAUUGAAAAAGUCCUUAAAGAAGAGCUGAUAAUGGAGGAAUCUAGAGAGGAGCAUGAAUUAGAAACAACUGAUAAAGAGCCAUUACCCAAAGAGAUAUUUGAACAGGCAGAACCUGAAUAUUUGAAAAUAAUGGAUGCAAUGGUUGGGCCAGUGGUUUUAGAAGAGGAAAAAUUAGAGGUUAGAUCAGAUGAGGUUGCAGAUGAAUUUGUUAAAUUGAAGAAAGCAGAAGCAGAGGUUGAAGAGAAAGAAAAACCAGCAAUAGAAGAUGUUAGAGAAGAAAUAUCGGAAUCAGUUGUACCUGUUGUAGAGGAAAAGGUUAUUGAGGAAAUAACUGUUGAGAAAAUAGUUGAUGUGAGUAAGGUGAAAGAAUUAGAUUUGACUAAAGUGGAGGAUGAUCAAUCUAUUGUCAAAAAAGUAAUUGAGGAAUUAAUGCCAGUGAGGGAAGUAGAAGAUUUGAAGGUUGUUAAAGAGGAGGAAGUUGUUGCAUUGACAAAGGAGGAUGUAGUGUUACACAAAGAAGUAAAAGAGAAAGAACCAACUAAGGAAAUUAUUGAUAAGGAAGUUGUUAAGGAUAAAACUGAGAAAGUGGAAGAUGAAAUGGUUGAGAAAGUAGAAGAAAAAGAACUUCCUGUGGUUGAAAUGACUGCAAAAAUUGAGGAAUUUGCAUUAUCACAGGUCGUUGUCACUGAUGAGCGUCCUGUAGGAAUUGCUGUUGAGGAACCUGAAGUGAAAGAAGAAAAAUUAGAAGUAGUUUUACCUAAAGAAGUUGAAAAAGAGGCAAUAGAGGUGAAAGAAGUGUCUGUGGAAGAAAGAGAAGUGGAAGAAGCUGUACAAUUAUAUAAAUCACCAGAAAGUGUAGAAGAAAAAGAAUAUUUAAUGAAGAAAAUUGUCAGUGAUAAGAUUGAACAUGUUGUACAAGAAGAGUUAUCAGUUGUUAAAUCGAUUGAAGAAGAGGUUGUAGUAGAAAAACCUAAAGUAUUGUUGGAUGAGAAAGAAGUUGCUGUGGUUGCAGGGUUUGAGGAAAUAGCUGAGGAGGUUACAAUAAAAGAAGCCAAAAUAAUGGAAUCACCUUCUAAGGAAGCAAUUAUUGUAGCUGAGAAGACACCUGUGGUUGAAGAGGUGCCAUCUAAAUUAGUUGAAACUAUUGAUAAAAUUACUCUAGAAAAAGAUACGGAGGAGGAGGAGGCAUAUGUUGAUAAAGUUAUAGAUGUCGAAAAGCAAAUGUUAGUAGAAGAGGUUACUGAAAUAGCAAGAAAAGUUGUAAAGGAAGUAAGAGAAAUUGAAGAAUCUGUUGUAGAAGAAGAAAUAAUUGAAAAAGUCAGUAAAGAAGAGCUGAUAAUGGAGGAAUCUAGAGAGGAGCAUGAAUUAGAAACAACUGAUAAAGAGCCAUUACCCAAAGAGAUAUUUGAACAGGCAGAACCUGAAUAUUUGAAAAUAAUGGAUGCAAUGGUUGGGCCAGUGGUUUUAGAAGAGGAAAAAUUAGAGGUUAGAUCAGAUGAGGUUGCAGAUGAAAUUGUUAAAUUGAAGAAAGCAGAAGCAGAGGUUGAAGAGAAAGAAAAACCAGCAAUAGAAGAUGUUAGAGAAGAAAUAUCGGAAUCAGUUGUACCUGUUGUAGAGGAAAAGGUUAUUGAGGAAAUAACUGUUGAGAAAAUAGUUGAUGUGAGUAAGGUGAAAGAAUUAGAUUUGACUAAAGUGGAGGAUGAUCAAUCUAUUGUAAAAAAAGUAAUUGAGGAAUUAAUGCCAGUGAGGGAAGUAGAAGAUUUGAAGGUUGUUAAAGAGGAGGAAGUUGUUGCAUUGACAAAGGAGGAUAUAGUGUUACACAAAGAAGUAAAAGAGAAAGAACCAACUAAGGAAAUUAUUGAUAAGGAAGUUGUUAAGGAUAAAACUGAGAAAGUGGAAAAUGAAAUGGUUGAGAAAGUAGAAGAAAAAGAACUUCCUGUGGUUGAAAUGACUGCAAAAAUUGAGGAAUUUGCAUUAUCACAGGUCGUUGUCACUGAUGAGCGUCCUGUAGGAAUUGCUGUUGAGGAACCUGAAGUGAAAGAAGAAAAAUUAGAAGUAGUUUUACCUAAAGAAGUUGAAAAAGAGGCAAUAGAGGUGAAAGAAGUGUCUGUGGAAGAAAGAGAAGUGGAAGAAGCUGUACAAUUAGAUAAAUCACCAGAAAGUGUAGAAGAAAAAGAAUAUUUAAUGAAGAAAAUUGUCAGUGAUAAGAUUGAACAUGUUGUACAAGAAGAGUUAUCAGUUGUUAAAUCGAUUGAAGAAGAGGUUGUAGUAGAAAAACCUAAAGUAUUGUUGGAUGAGAAAGAAGUUGCUGUGGUUGCAGGGUUUGAGGAAAUAGCUGAGGAGGUUACAAUAAAAGAAGCCAAAAUAAUGGAAUCACCUUCUAAGGAAGCAAUUAUUGUAGCUGAGAAGACACCUGUGGUUGAAGAGGUGCCAUCUAAAUUAGUUGAAACUAUUGAUAAAAUUACUCUAGAAAAAGAUACGGAGGAGGAGGAGGCAUAUGUUGAUAAAGUUAUAGAUGUCGAAAAGCAAAUGUUAGUAGAAGAGGUUACUGAAAUAGCAAGAAAAGUUGUAAAGGAAGUUAGAGAAAUUGAAGAAUCUGUUGUAGAAGAAGAAAUAAUUGAAAAAGUCAGUAAAGAAGAGCUGAUAAUGGAGGAAUCUAGAGAGGAGCAUGAAUUAGAAACAACUGAUAAAGAGCCAUUACCCAAAGAGAUAUUUGAACAGGCAGAACCUGAAUAUUUGAAAAUAAUGGAUGCAAUGGUUGGGCCAGUGGUUUUAGAAGAGGAAAAAUUAGAGGUUAGAUCAGAUGAGGUUGCAGAUGAAAUUGUUAAAUUGAAGAAAGCAGAAGCAGAGGUUGAAGAGAAAGAAAAACCAGCAAUAGAAGAUGUUAGAGAAGAAAUAUCGGAAUCAGUUGUACCUGUUGUAGAGGAAAAGGUUAUUGAGGAAAUAACUGUUGAGAAAAUAGUUGAUGUGAGUAAGGUGAAAGAAUUAGAUUUGACUAAAGUGGAGGAUGAUCAAUCUAUUGUCAAAAAAGUAAUUGAGGAAUUAAUGCCAGUGAGGGAAGUAGAAGAUUUGAAGGUUGUUAAAGAGGAGGAAGUUGUUGCAUUGACAAAGGAGGAUGUAGUGUUACACAAAGAAGUAAAAGAGAAAGAACCAACUAAGGAAAUUAUUGAUAAGGAAGUUGUUAAGGAUAAAACUGAGAAAGUGGAAGAUGAAAUGGUUGAGAAAGUAGAAGAAAAAGAACUUCCUGUGGUUGAAAUGACUGCAAAAAUUGAGGAAUUUGCAUUAUCACAGGUCGUUGUCACUGAUGAGCGUCCUGUAGGAAUUGCUGUUGAGGAACCUGAAGUGAAAGAAGAAAAAUUAGAAGUAGUUUUACCUAAAGAAGUUGAAAAAGAGGCAAUAGAGGUGAAAGAAGUGUCUGUGGAAGAAAGAGAAGUGGAAGAAGCUGUACAAUUAGAUAAAUCACCAGAAAGUGUAGAAGAAAAAGAAUAUUUAAUGAAGAAAAUUGUCAGUGAUAAGAUUGAACAUGUUGUACAAGAAGAGUUAUCAGUUGUUAAAUCGAUUGAAGAAGAGGUUGUAGUAGAAAAACCUAAAGUAUUGUUGGAUGAGAAAGAAGUUGCUGUGGUUGCAGGGUUUGAGGAAAUAGCUGAGGAGGUUACAAUAAAAGAAGCCAAAAUAAUGGAAUCACCUUCUAAGGAAGCAAUUAUUGUAGCUGAGAAGACACCUGUGGUUGAAGAGGUGCCAUCUAAAUUAGUUGAAACUAUUGAUAAAAUUACUCUAGAAAAAGAUACGGAGGAGGAGGAGGCAUAUGUUGAUAAAGUUAUAGAUGUCGAAAAGCAAAUGUUAGAUGUUGCUUCUCAACUACCAAUAAUAGAAGAUGUGGAAGUUAGUGUAUUGGAAGAUUCUUGUGAAGUUGUUACUUCAAAGGGUGAUUCGUUUUUAAGUGAUUAUGACACGCAGGAUCAAAGUCAUGGUUCUGUUUUUGAAGUUUCUAGUGAUGAUAUUGUAAUGACUGAUGAUAUAUUGAAAGUUACAGUCACUGAAGGUCAGCAUGAGGAAUCUUUCGCUAAUGUUGAUGCCAAAUUUAUUAAAACAUCUACAGGAAUUUCUUUUGUGGAAUUAGAUUCAAGUGGGAAAAAAUCAUUGUGUGUUUGUGAUGAUAUUGUUUCUAGUGUACCUCUGGUUUCAGUCCCUUCACAUUUUUCAACUGUUACGUCUCCCGAUGAAACAGUUCAUGUUUUACAUGAUUCUAAAAUUAAGACAGAGAUAAAGGGACAUCAUUCUAUUUAUGGUUCACCAAUUAAAAGUAAGAAACCAAAGCCGAGGGAUGGUACUGAUUCUUCUGGAGUUAAGAAGAGUUAUGAUUAUGUUGGAAAGAAAGUUGAUGAUCGUAUAGACAUUCCUUAUCGUGUCAAAGCUACUGAUAAAAUGCAUCCAAGCUUUUCUGUUCCAAAGUAUGAACACAAAUACCGUGGAUAUAUGGCAUCAACUUUGUCUAGAGAUUUGAAGGUGGAACACAGUGUUGCAGAAAAAAGUACAUAUUUUAGUAGAGAGACUGCAAUUAAAAGAAAAAGUAUUGACAAAGUUGAUUCUAGAAGCACUUCUUUAUCACCAAAAAAAUCAUCCACUAAAUCUGGCAUCCCUGACAGCACAGGGGCAAUUCCGAAACACCAUUAUAAGCAUUUCGACCAUCAAAGUAAAUCACAUGAAUUGGAGACCAGUUCUCACACCAAAGAAUCAUUUCAUUCCACAGACCGUACCAGACAGAAAAUAAGAGUUUCACAGCAAAAAACUUUAAGUGACUCUGCAUUUACUAGUACUGAGUCAAGUAUUAGUACUGUUAAAUCCAGUGAAGUUAGUAAAAUGGUAUCUUCUAAGAAAUCAGAUCUAAGCCAACAAAAAGAUAAACUCUCUUUGUUGAGAAAAAGAAUUGCACCUGUAUCUACAGGAGUUCUUGCAAGUGAACACAUUCAAUUGAAGAAGGAACCAAGUUCUACUAUUGAUACCAGUAAAUCACCAGGCAUGUCGCAAUCAACUUUUCUAACAAAAAAAUCAACUGAUCAAACACACAUAGUUGCUACAAAACAUUCCUUGUCAAAGAAGAAAACAGGCAUUUCUUCUAUUGUCCGAAAAACAUCAACAUCAGCAAAAGUGAAGACAGUUGAUUCUGAAACUGUUUCAUCUUAUAAGUCUGUAGCUCAACAUUCUAAAAUAGAUGCUACUAGUGAUACCUCAUUUGAGAAGGGGGAAAUUGCUAAAUUAUCUGUAUCAACAAAAAAAUCUCGUUCUCAGGUCAGUUCUUUUACAAAGGUAAAAGCAAGCAGAAUGCAAUCUGUUCAGCUACACAAAUCUUCACUACAGUCUUCAUUUUCAGUGAAUGAAGAAGAAAUGGGCAUUGAUUUAGAGGUUACUCUACAACCUGAUAGUUUCAGAAAGCAGGAUACAUCACUGAAGCCUUCACAGUACUGUAAGCCAUCUAUUGAUAGAACAGGCAGUGAGCAACAAAUUGAACUUAUUUCAGAUAUUGUAGAUCAUAGUAUAGAUCCAGUAAGCGAAAUCUCUUAUUUUACUUCUGACAUAGCUUCUCCAGAAAUAAAACAUUCUGAUUUAUCGAAGCCAGCAAUUUCUGUGGCUGUUACUCCACUAUCUGAAAAGGACACAGAACAGUUUACCUGUUCUUUUUCUGCCGCUCCAAGUCCUGAAUCAUCACCAUCAGUAAUGUCAGUGUUGGAUAGCAUUGCUAUUGAUAAAAAGGAAAAAACUGGAAGCAAAUCAAGCUCAGUAUUUACAUCUCCUGUUAAGAUUACAUCUCGAUCUGAUUUAAGCCAAUCAACACCAUCUGUGCCAUCCAGUCCUAGUCGACUUCGGAGUCAGCAAGUUGGUGUUACACAAAUGUUAACAUCAGAGGUUUUUACUCGCACCAUGGAUGCUUCAGGUUCUAUUGAAGUCAUAUACCGGCAACCAACAUCAUCUGAGGCACUGCGCCGGGUUGCCACAUCUUCAGGAUCACGGGGAAUCAUUGAAUCAUCUAUUGGUAUUGCAGAGGCUGAACUCUCUUUAAUCGACACCACAGACUCCUCUCUAUCAGAUUCUGUCGCACUUCCAUCAUCCUCUUCAGACCAUGAUAUAAGCGUAGAUAUCAGCACACGAAUUCGUGGUUCACCGGCAUCACCUAAACCCACGAAACGUUCACUUGAACUACACCGUACAUCUGAUUUAGUAUUAGAUUACUCAAGCAUUUCAGAGGACAGACAUGAUCUUCCUAAAAUUCCAUCUUCUCCCUGUCAAACAAGUUCCCCAUCAUCAUCAAUGAAACAUCCAUCCCCGCAAAAGAAAUCACGAAUUUCUGAAGAUCGUCUUUCUCCCAUCCUAGAUGUUCGUGCUGUGACCCCUCCACGUGUGAAGCACAAGUUCCAUUAUUUGGAUGAAGAUGGUACCAUCUUUUCUCAAGACUGGACAGAAAAAUCUCAGGAUCAAGCUGCAGAUGUCUCACAAGGCAUUUCAGGAACUCUAGAACGUGGUGAUAGCAAAUCGAUGCGUCACGACCUUCCCACACCAGCUUCUACAAAACAAGCUUCACCUGUGGAAACUAAACAAGACGUUAAUCAGGCUGCAUUACGAAGUGUGCAGUUGACAACAGCUGGUGAUAAGCUCUCUGAUCAUGUAGUUCUGCCAUUCCCCCAGUUAUCUGUCUCUGCUUCCGUAGUUGAUCCGCCACUAGAAGUAAUUACAAAUAAGCUCGACAUUACAUCAGAAAAUAUAACAAUAGAUGAUAAAGAUACCAUUAAGAAAAUUCCCACCAUUGAUUUAGAUGAUAUUAUCACCGAGGAAAAACUGAGUGCUAAUUUUCCAGAUGUCCUGAGUAGCACAGAAAAGGAUAUUGCAGAUGAGGUUAUGCUAAAGUUAGGUACAGCAGAUGUCAUGCCGUCAAAGCAGUUUGACAUAAAGAAGGCUACAGAAGAUUUUGUGCACGAUCAAAGAGCUUAUGCUUCCCAAGUGAUCGUAGGCACAGGAAGAGAUAUCAAAACUACUGCAGAUACGAAAGGAGCAGAUGUGUGCCAUGUACUUGAAGAUUCUGCUAAAGACCAUAAGGAAUAUUUUUACUCCAAAGAGGCAGAUAAGGCUCAGCAGUUUGAAACCCUGAAGGAAGAGGGUAAGGAAAGCGUGAAAGAAAAAAUAACAGCUGGACAAGCUGUUCUUGAAAAGGGCGAUGAUCUUAUUUGCAAAUUUAAAGCAUUAGAGGAAGGUAUGAAGAAAGCUACUGAAGAUGUUGCUGGGGAUAUACGUGGUUUCAAAAAAGAUUCCGUACAUGUAAAGAAACCUGAUCUCUCACAGACUGUAAAAAUUACAGAAAUAGAUGCAAAAGAAUGCGUAGAUAAGCAACUUGAGGACAUCAAGUUUGCUGUUUCUUCUGAUGCUUUUAAAUUAACAGAGAAAGGUAUAAGAGAAGCUAUGGAUGAGAAAGAUAAAAUAUCUAGAGAAACCACUGAGAAGUUGAAAGAAUCGGUGGACAAGAAAGACAGUAAUCUAUCACAAGUGGUUACAGAUGCAGAAGAAAAUUUUAUGAAAGGUAUUAGUACAGGAGUAACAGAUUCUUCUAAAAUGUUCACAACUGCUGUAAAAGAUAUUAAAGAAGAUGUAGAUAAAAGAGCAACUGACCUAGAUGAAAUGGGAGGUGGUGCAGUAAAAUAUGAAAAAGGAAUUUUAGAUAAAACUAUCACACCAAAGGAUUCCGAGAAAGGUUUGAAGGCAAUAACCAAAGCCUCAAAAAUAUUACUGCCUGUAGAGAAAAAAGCUAAAGAAGGUAUGGAUAAGCUACUCCGUGAUAGUAAAGAAGAGGUGAAAACAGUUGUGGGUACAAAAAGAACUGAUAUCUCUCAUGAGACUGAAGACUCAGUGAAAGAUAUUAAAGAUUCUCUUGACAAAAAAAGUGCUUCUCUAUCUAAGACAUUGGGCACUGUUGAAAAAGAUGUAACAAAAGUUGUAAGCACAAAAGUAGCUGAUGUUUCUAAUAUAUUUGGAGAAACAGAAAAAGAUUUAGAAGCAACUCUAGAUAAGAAACAAACUGAUAUCUCACAUGAGAUUGAAGACUCAGUGAAAGAUAUUAAAGAUUCUCUUGACAAAAAGAGUGCUUCUCUAUCUAAGACGUUGGACUCUGUUGAAAAAGAUGUGACAAAAGUUGUAAGCACAAAAGUAGCUGAUGUUUCUAAUAUAUUUGGAGAAGCAGAAAAAGAUUUAGAAGCAACUCUAGAUGGGAAACAAACUGAUAUCUCACAUGGGAUUGAAGACUCAGUGAAAGAUAUUAAAGAUUCUCUCGACAAAAAAAGUGGUGUUCUACCACAAAUGGUGGGAUCUGUUGAAAAAGAUGUGACAAAAGCUGUAGGCACAAAAGUAGCUGAUGUUUCUAAUAUAUUUGGAGAAGCAAAAAAAGAUUUAGAAGCAACUCUAGAUAAGAAACAAACCAAUAUCUCACAUGGGAUUGAAGACUCAGUGAAAGAUAUUAAAGAUUCUCUCGACAAAAAAAGUGGUCUUCUACCACAAAUGGUGGGAUCUGUUGAAAAAGAUGUGACAAAAUCUGUAGGCACAAAAGUAGCUAAUAUAUUUGGAGAAGCAGAAAAAGAUUUAGGAGCAACUCUAGAUAAGAAACAAACCGAUAUCUCACAUGGGAUUGAAGACUCAGUGAAAGAUAUUAAAGAUUCUCUCGACAAAAAAAGUGGUGUUCUACCACAAAUGGUGGGAUCUGUUGAAAAAGAUGUGACAAAAGCUGUAGGCACAAAAGUAGCUGAUGUUUCUAAUAUAUUUGGAGAAGCAAAAAAAGAUUUAGAAGCAACUCUAGAUAAUAAACAAACUGAUAUCUCACAUGGAAUUGAAGACUCAGUGAAAGAUAUUAAAGAUUCUCUUGACAAAAAGAGUGCUUCUCUAUCUAAGACAUUGGACUCUGUUGAAAAAGAUGUGACAAAAGUUGUAAGCACAAAAGUAGCUGAUGUUUCUAAUAUAUUUGGAGAAGCAGAAAAAGAUUUAGAAGCAACUCUAGAUGAGAAACAAACUGAUAUCUCACAUGGGAUUGAAGACUCAGUGAAAGAUAUUAAAGAUUCUCUCGACAAAAAAAGUGGUGUUCUACCACAAAUGGUGGGAUCUGUUGAAAAAGAUGUGACAAAAGCUGUAGGCACAAAAGUAGCUGACAUUUCUAAUAUAUUUGGAGAAGCAAAAAAAGAUUUAGAAGCACCUCUAGAUAAGAAACAAACCGAUAUCUCACAUGGGAUUGAAGACUCAGUGAAAGAUAUUAAAGAUUCUCUCGACAAAAAAAGUGGUGUUCUACCACAAAUGGUGGGAUCUGUUGAAAAAGAUGUGACAAAAGCUGUAGGCACAAAAGUAGCUGAUGUUUCUAAUAUAUUUGGAGAAGCAAAAAAAGAUUUAGAAGCAACUCUAGAUAAGAAACAAACUGAUAUCUCACAUGGAAUUGAAGACUCAGUGAAAGAUAUUAAAGAUUCUCUUGACAAAAAGAGUGCUUCUCUAUCUAAGACAUUGGACUCUGUUGAAAAAGAUGUGACAAAAGUUGUAAGCACAAAAGUAGCUGAUGUUUCUAAUAUAUUUGGAGAAGCAGAAAAAGAUUUAGAAGCAACUCUAGAUGAGAAACAAACUGAUAUCUCACAUGGGAUUGAAGACUCAGUGAAAGAUAUUAAAGAUUCUCUCGACAAAAAAAGUGGUGUUCUACCACAAAUGGUGGGAUCUGUUGAAAAAGAUGUGACAAAAGCUGUAGGCACAAAAGUAGCUGACAUUUCUAAUAUAUUUGGAGAAGCAAAAAAAGAUUUAGAAGCACCUCUAGAUAAGAAACAAACCAAUAUCUCACAUGGGAUUGAAGACUCAGUGAAAGAUAUUAAAGAUUCUCUCGACAAAAAAAGUGGUGUUCUACCACAAAUGGUGGGAUCUGUUGAAAAAGAUGUGACAAAAGCUGUAGGCACAAAAGUAGCUGAUGUUUCUAAUAUAUUUGGAGAAGCAAAAAAAGAUUUAGAAGCAACUCUAGAUAAGAAACAAACCGAUAUCUCACAUGGGAUUGAAGACUCAGUGAAAGAUAUUAAAGAUUCUCUUGACAAAAAAAGUGCUGCUCUACCUAAGACAUUGGGCUCUGUUGAAAAAGAUGUAAAAAAAUCUGUUGGCACAAAAGUAACUGAUGUUACUAAUAUAUACAAAGAUGCAGAAAAAGAUGUCCAAGAAUUUGCAGAUAAAAAAUCUAUUGACUUAGCAAAUAUCUAUGUUGCGGCAGAAAAAGAGUCAAAGAAAUUAGUAGAUGAAACAGAAAGUAGUUCAUCGCAAGUUCUUGGGGACAUAGAGGAAGAUUUAGAAGUUUUACAUAAAGGUGUGAAGCAAAGAGAUGCAUCACAGAUAUUCACAUCGGCAAAUGUAGAUGUAAUGAGUGAUAAAAAAGAAGCUUUGUCCACAAAUGUGUUUGAAGUGUUAGAGAAAGAUGCUACAGAAAUGGCAAAAAAGAGAGAAAUUUUCGAUUCACCAUCUUUCGGAACUGUUCAUAAAACAAGUGAAUUAGACUGUCAAGAUUCUGUAACAGUUGCAAAAGAAGUCAAAGGAAAGAUUUCUGGAAAAGAGUUUGAAGGAAGUUCUCUUGACUCUUUUUCCUUGAGUAAAGAAUUCAGAGGGGCUGAACACUCAAAACCUGAAGAUGUAACACUGAAGAAGUCCAAAAUCAAGUUGCAAGACAUGAAGGACGAUAUAGCAGACAUCUUGAAGGAGAUAGCAGAUGAGGAACCUUCAGCAGAAAGAGCACACGAGUGUUUGCCUGUGGUCACGACCCCAACGACCCAGCGACGCGGCACGCAGAGCAUGAGGCUGUCGAGGGAGAAGCGCCCGCCCCCUCUCGAUGUGACGCAUUUGGUGUCCGAUGUCGGAGACGACGAUGACGACGACGACGACGAAGACUCUUACGGGUACAUAGUUACGGAACCAAGUGACGGGGCGUCCAAAAAGUCGGGAGCUAACGUCACUCACGUCAGCUCGUCACCGGACAUUCUGGGAGGGUCCAGACCACUGUCGCAGGCGGUCCUGAUCGAUCGAGCCACCAAAGCGACACAAGACUCUGCAAAUCUUCUGUCCGGGAAGCGCAAGCCCAUGUUCCACAUAGAGUCCGAGGAAGACGACGUUUCAGAGCAGAGCCUUGGCAUGGCGACUUCGGAUGAUGGUGUUGGAAAAAAACAAAAGCCCCAACAGCCGGGCAGCCUGUUCGAGCACGUGGCAGAGGUGUCCGAGCUCGCAGAGAAAGUAGCGGACCAGGUGGAGAGCGAGAUGAAAGAGAAAGAGAGGGCCGGCGAGGAGAGCGAGCCAGCCACCGGCUCGCUGGACCUGGAGGACCUGCUGUCGAGCGUGGUGAUGCCAGCCGAGUGUGUGGACCAGGCGAGGGAGGCGAAGAAGGCACGCAGGGUGGAGCGACGCUUCGAGCGGGUGGCCUCGCAGACGCUGGAGAGCGACGCCGAGGAGGGGAGCACCCCGGAGGUGGAGCGACGGCGCGAGGACGAGUUCCAGCGGAUGGUGUCGCAGCUCUCCAGCGAGGAGGUGGAUGACUUCCAGCGAGAGUACUCCCAGCUGUGGGAGGAAGGAGGGUUGACCCCGUCCGAGGACUGGGACUCUCGCGACCCAGACACCCCUAGUGGGGAGCUGGAUGACGACACGGCGCCUGCAGAAGAGCGGAGCAGACUAACUCGUGAGCCGGAGCAGCACAAACCCCCAGUGGAGGUCCCCUUUGUUAAACCAGUCUCCAGGGCCAGUCCUCGGCUCAGACCAGAACCCCAGGAAGUCCCUGCCACACAACCCGGGACCCUCACUCUGACUCCCUCCCCAUCCGUACAAGUCAGUGGCGAGAAGACUGACACGGAGCCGACUAGCACCAAACCCGCAGACGAUGACGUCCAAAGUUACUCGGACAGGAAGAAAUUCUGGGAGCAGAUGACGACUGGGAAAACACAGGUGGCCCCUGUGCUGCUUCAGGAGCAGUCUGAAACCCAGAAGCUGCGCGAGGGCGCCGAGCCCACAGGGCCCCCGGUACCGAAACCCAGGUCCACGUUGUCUCACAGCCAGGAGCGGGAGAGCGACAUCGACAGAACCACGCCCGCUCGUCUCACGCCAGCACCCGAGGGCCAACAGCCACCCGUCCCUGGAUCUCUGGUUGCUUCUGCUACAGAAGCCGCGAGUGUGCCGACUACAGACCUGCCUGUAGCCGAGGCUCUCACUCGACAAGGUUUGACAGGGCUAGAGAGCAAGGACUCCGAAGCUAUUCAGCUCGUCGAUUCUGCCAUGUCCGACGAAGCUGCUGCAGAGGAAAUGUUCAAGAAAAUGAAACCACAAAGCUCUCUCAUCACAGAGCAGACAGUUGUUCCUGAGGAAGAGAAAAAAGCUUCUCCCAUUGGGGUUCUUGAGGAAAGUACAGUUCAAAAAAUCACCAGAGUCAAAGGUAUUCAGCCCGCCAGAGAAACGUUCGAAAUACAGAUGUCGCAGGAAGAGCUAUUGAGCAAGACAGGAAUGGAGCAAAGCAUCGAUGACUCACAAGCGGAAGGCAUUUCUCGGAAAACUGUACACGAAAGAUCGGUCUCCUUGCCGACUGCAGAGCUGACUGCCUUCGAUCCCAGUGGCAGUGUACGAGCUAAGAAGCGCUACUUCGAAGCACAGAUCAAGAAAGAGAUGGUAGUCGAGCAGCUAAUGACACAACUAGAAGAAGAGGGCUCCCCUGAACGCAAAUCCCUGCACCACGUCCUGGAAGCUGACGUUGAAACUGAACCUGAUUCAGAAGAACCAAAGGAGAUGCAGGCUCCUGCGAUCUCUAGUCUAGAAGAACAAGAGAAAGCCAUCAUCACCAAGGAAAAGGAACAUUUAGACACAGAUGCAGUACCUGACAGUAAGCCAUCUAAACCUGUUGCUGUAAAAGACAUGGCUAAGGAAUUUGAAAAAGCCACUUCUGUUGAGUUGAAAGACAAAAUAGAGUCUGAAAAAUAUGACACCACUAAAGCUUUACCCACAAAGGUUGUCGCACCAGAAACCACUGUUAAAACGAGUGCAAUACUUAAACAAUCUGUAAGUGAAGAAAAGAAAACUGUCAAGAAAGUAAAAGAAAUUGCAAAAUCUUUUGAGAAGGACGAUGAUUUGGCGAUGUCUGUAAAAGACAUGAUAAAAGGAGAAGACAUUUCUAAAGAAACAGCUGUUGAUGCCACUUCAAAGACAAAGGCAAUAUUUGAUCAAAAACAAUUACAAGAUGAAAUAACACCAGAAACAGAAGAAAGAAAGGCUGUGAAAGACAUUCGCAGUGUGUUCGAAACUAAAAUUGUAGGUCAUGAUGAAACAUUGUCUGAAAAGAAAAUAUUUCAUAAAGAAGUUAAAAGUGGUGUGGUUAGGCAUGACAUGAAGGAAGCAGAUACAGCUGACACACAGUCUGAAGAAGGCGCAGAAAUAAAAGAUGUGGUUCUCUUAGCGGGGUUAGCGGAUGUUAUAAGCAGUGAAGUGGCAGAGGCACUCCAGUACAAAACAGAAUCCACUAAGACCUCUGAUUCUCUUGAGGUCCACUUAGACAAGAGUGAAGUUGAGGAGUCUGAGAAAGAGCAGGAUGCAGAUGAGCUUAAACUGUCGCCUCUCAAAGAGCAGAUCCCAUCAAUCACAGUGACUCGAUCUGGCAAGCAAAGGACGGAGAGCUACAGCCAAGGAGAAAGCGAAGACACAGCAUCCCAAUCAGAUGUAACACCGGAAGAUGUGGGUGGUGGAGAACAUCCAUUGUACCAGCCUGAGGAACAUAUGCCAGACACUAUAUGGGAAGUACCUGUGCAACAACAGGCAGAGACUGUAAUGGAAGAAGAAGUACAAGACAUACCAACUGAAAAAAAAAUGAUAAUUGAAAAGGAUUAUGAACAAGAAGAGUACCAUGAUGAUAAUAAAUUGAAAGAUAGAACCAAGACUGUGAGUAUUUCAGAGGAAGAGGCAAGAGUUAUUGCACAAGAAGUAAUAGACAGUAUUGAAGCAGAGGUAGUACUACGAACUGAACUGAUUGGCUCUUCUGCUCCUGUGCCACAUGCUGAUGCAGCAGAAACGCAAGUGGCAGAGUGCCUGAGAAUGCUUGCUGGUCGGGAGGAGUUAAGUCCCCAAGAUGUUCGUCUCGUUGAAUCUGUAAUUGCGAGGAAACAACGAGAGGAAAUUAAGCGUAUUUCCCGUGCAGAUACAACAACUUCCAGCAUGGAAAUAACUGAUGAAGAUCUUCGCAGUAGUGGUGUAGAGACUGACCUUUCUCCUAUAGAGAGAGCAGAAGGAGUUGAAGAUGUUAUCAUUUCUGAAGAGGAAGCAGUAACUAGUGAAGAUGUUUUAGAAAAGACUCUUGCAGAAGUUCGUGAGUCCUUAGAAGCUGCUCAAGAGGAAUUGAUAGAAGAACACAAGAAGAAGGAAGAAGUUAUUCAGAAAAAAGAAUCACCAUCAGAGUUUGAAUUCAAGGUUUUAUCUUUUGAAAGAAAGUUAGGUGACAAGAUAGAAGAGUCACGGCUUGAAGAGUCAAGUGCCUCUGCAGAUUACCGAGAAUCACCAGUAUUCGACAAGGGCGUGGCAGUGAGUCACACAACUGACAUAGUCACCAAAGAUGAGGACAAAGUUAGAGAAGAAACUACACAAAUAGAAAAGGAAGAAAUAUGUCUUUCAAAAGGGAUUGCAGUGCAACAGGUAGGUACUAAAAUAAAAGCAACAGAAAAAACUGACCUGAAGUCCAAAGAAACUAAAGUUGAAGAUACAAGAAAAGAACUAGAUGAUGAUGGUACCACUUCUGAAACACAAACAAGUGUCACAUUUUCUGAUGAAGAAGAUAUAUCAUUUAAAAGUAAAGUCACAGAGACAAAGACACUUACACAAGAAUAUGAAGAAUCUUCAAAACUUACGGAAGAGACUCACAAGAAAGAAACAACAUUUGAUGCAAAAAUAGUGGUUAUAACAAAAACAGAAAAGAUGAUGGAUAGUAAAUUAUUUGAAGAAGAAAGCACAGCACAGUCAAAAUCUUUGAGACAUGAAGUUAAAGAAAAAGAAACAAAAAUUGAAGAAUUAGAAAGUGGUGUGAUAAAAGAAACAGUAUCCAUUGAACAAGCACAAGCAUCAGAAACUGUGCACGAAACAAAAGUAGAAAAAGUUAAACCAGCUACUAAGUUAUCCGAUGAUGACACUUCUACCGUGAAACUACUUGAAGAGGAAGUUGAUGAGCAAACUGAAAAAGAUGUAUUGAGAUCCACCUCAAUGAAAAUCAAACAAAAAAUAGAGCAAGAUAUUAAAACUGAAAGAACGGUAGAAAGUGCAAAAACUUAUGAAGUAGACUCAGAAAUGCUAGCAACAAUAUUAACCGAGCAUGGCAUGUCAAUGCCCAGUGAUAAAUUAGAGUGGAAAGAAAUAACUGAUAAAGAAGGCUUGAAGAGAACAUCUAGUGAAGAGUCACAUGAUUCUAUACGGUCACCAGUGGAACUUGCAUCAUCGUCAUCAUCUACGACUUCUGGCAAGCGACCAGACUCUGAGACAAUUAAAGUUAUAGAACGUCCUGAUGGCAGUGAAACUGUGGUUGUUAUGCGGCACCCAAAAACUGAGACCAGUCUGAAGGUAGACAGGCGGUCUGGGGCAGAUUUUGAUAGUUCUGGUGAAAGCCACUACUACUCCUUUGAGCAAACUUCAGAAAGCGGUAGAACGUACAGCAGGCCAUGUUCAUCCGAUGUCGAAGGUAUGUUUGCAGGGACAGGCUCAUCAGAGUAUGAGUCUGCUCUUACGUCACAAGAACUGUCUUCACGUUCUGGCACCUCGUCUCAAGACUACCACACUGCAGCUGGUACCCUGAGUUCAAGAGAAUCCAUGCGAUCUCUCGACUCGGAAAGUUCUGGCCAUUUGGCCAGUGUUGAGGUUUCUAGUGAAGCAUCAGAAACACUUGUGCCAUCUGCACUAGAACUAGAAAAAGAUAUGGAAGGUGCUGUUGGAUUGCAUAUCUUGGAUGAAGAGGAAACCUCCCACAGGGAAGGUGCAUCAUACGCACCUUCAGUUGGAACAAUUGUUGAAGACAAACAUAUUGUUGAGCCAUAUGAUACGGUCAUACCACAUCAUGUCAUUAGGGGCGAAUCACCGCCAUUGUCUCAGAAAUUUCAUCCACAAGAGUAUGAUGAUGAUGGCAGAUUAAGUUCAUUUGAGAUGGUUAGUGAAUCAGAUGUUUUGGACUAUCCAGGAGAAGAGAUGAUAUCUGAAGAUGAAAUGGAUAUUUCUAUUCAGAAACAGAGGGAGAGGACUACAUCAACAGAUGAAUCCACUGAUGAAGAUAGACCACACUGUAUGAAGAGGUCUCACGAAAUGAUAUUUCAGCCAGAGCCAAGAGCUAUUCUCCCAGAAAGUCCUUUGUUAGACUCUCCUGGGGAUAUGCAUGAGGAGAAACUGGGUUCUAGUGUUGAAGAUGGAAGUAUUUUAAGUGUGAGUUAUUCAAGUGCCUCUGAUGCUGCUGGGUUGCGUACUGUAAUAGAACUGUCACGUGCAGACUCUGACAGACAAGAUGGAUCAGUUGCAUCUGAGCAGCUUAGUAUGACUGUGUCAGGAGCAUCAGAGCAACUGAGUUUUGAAGAAGCAGAUGUGAUUACAGCAGCCACAGCCCAAGCUCAGACUACAGAAACCAGCACAACCACUCACCCCACUCUUCCAUCAAUGCAUGAAUUACAGCUUUCAUCCGUAACCAUUACUACAUCAUCUGUUGAUGAAAGUGGAGUUCAGAGUGUGUGCACACAAGUGACCUCACAGUCGUAUGCAUCCAAUCAAGCUGAGGGAGAACGUGUAACAAUUCCUGAUGAUGACACUGAUGAAGCUUUUGCUACAAAUGGCCCAACACAAGUCGAGUAUAUUCCAGAAUAUGAUGAUUAUGAGGAGGUACCCAGCAGACGCUUGAUGGGUCAUCGUCGCAAAGAAAGCACUAGCUCAUUUGUACCAACAAAGUUAUCUAGUGUUUCAUCUGACAUUUCAGCAGAUUCUGAUACUGUUCCUGUUGUAGAUACAGUUAAACCUGGUCCAGAGAUCACUGAAGACAUGGCAGAAAGUGACAAAUAUCGUGAGGCAGUUCCACUGACACUGAAAGAAGUACACAGUGAUGAAAAGAAAGAUGUGGAUGAAGCAGAGAGGCUAGAAGAAUCAUACCAAACAGAGGCUGAUCAAGGUUUUCAUCGUGACGUUAGAGAAGGAAGAGUGGUUCUUGACGAAGGUAAUGAAGAGUAUGAUGCUGAAAUCAGAGAUUUAGUUGAUUCGAGUAGGCCUCAAUCACAAGUAAGCAAAUCUGACUCUGAGAGUUUCAGACCAGUGUCAAGUGGCCUUUCUGAUGAUCGGCCUGAUUCAGAGCUAGCAGAACUGUUGAAACAGUGCUCUUCAGACAGUGGCAGAGAAAAUGUAGAGGAUUCUAUUGAGCGUCCACUAUCUCCAGAACCAGUAGAUGAGUGUGAAAUCAAAGAUGAUACUCCGGAGUUUUCAUCAGAAGCACAAGCUAGUGUGACAGAGUUAGAGAUGGAGUACACUGGCGCUUUUAGUCGUGCUGGAGAAUAUGCAGCACAUGUAAGCCCAAUUCGUGAAGAGAAGGAUGGAAUCAAGUGUGAUGAUGAGAUGGCAGAAGCAGAAGCAGACUUUCAACUAACUUCUCAUAUUCUUCCAGCAACUAUUUCUGAAGACUUAGUUGCUGAGAAACAUGAACUUGAGACCGGAGAACAAGUACUUAAGGAACACAAGGACCAGUCCCAUGAGCCUCCUCCUUCACCUUCGGCGAUCCCCGACAUUACAGUCACUGAGCACAUGACACCAUUACUGGAUAAAGGUUUUCGUUAUCCAGAUCUGGAGCUGGAGGAAGAAGAACUUAGCAGGUCUAACGUACAAACACCGGCAUCAAUGUCAAGCGUAGCUUCUUCUGAAACAGAAACGGACCAGGGAAGAGAAUAUAUUGUGGAUGAAGGGGACAGUUGUAUUACAGAAGAAAAUGAACUAGAAUCUUUGGAUGAAAAAGUUGUAGAGCUGUCACAUUCAGUCGAUGAGACUUCUGCUGCUGAGGAUAAAACAGUUUAUGAGAUAGAGACAAAAGAAGAUUCUGAAGAACCAUUGAAGUUUCAGACUACCUCACCAUCUGAGUCCCCUACAAGUGAUUCAUUUGAGUUGCUGGAAAAACCUGACUUGACAGAUGAUUAUGUUGUAAUAGAAGAAGUUGGGAAGGAAGCUGAAGAGCACGACACAGAGGGAAAAAGUGUUCACAUCGACCUCCAGAAACGUGUCGUAAAGAAGAAGAAGCAACGCAGUGCCGAGGAGGAUGAACCUGCACUUAUACCUUCGCCACCAGCUCCUGCCACUCGAAUGACUGAUCUCAAGUACUAUCCUGAAGCUGGAGAUGACAUGGCUCCAUUCCCAUUUGAGGAUAGUCCACCUACUGCCGCCAAAAAGUCGUCUGAGGCAAAAGCACGGGAAGAGUCUGAAGGUGACCAUGAAUACGAGAAGGAUGUGGAAGCAGGUAAGAAAUGGAUUGAGAUGCAAUUCCAGGGAGAUGCAAGUGCUUCUGCUCUUGCUGCUGCUGGAAUGGCAGGGUACGGAUAUGAGAUGGACUUUGAACGUGUCCCAUUAGAAGAUAUAAAGGAGGAGGAAGUGAAUGACUUUGAUCAAAGUAGUAAGGUUGGUAGCAUUGGCAGUUAUCGUGAAUCAAUAGGCAGCUUUGGUAGUGUUAAAGACUCAUUUAGUAGCACACCGGAGUAUGAUGUACUUGCUGGAAGAAGAUACUUUACACGUUCUGGUGAUCAUGAUGAUGUUUCCAUGAGUUCACUUCAAGAAUUUGAACAGCUUGAAAAACAGAUUGCACAUGAAAUAGCUCGAAGAAAGAAUCAUGGCUCACAGGAUUCUUUGAAUGGCAGCUUGAAACGCCUAAGUUCAUCAAGCCGUAGUGGCCAAGGGGAUGAUAUUUCUUUGUCAUCUCUGAAGGAAUUUGAAGGUUUAGAAACAGCGUGCAUUGAAGCAACCAUAAUAGAGACACGAGCGAAAGAAGAAGAAAAGGCACUUCUGUCAGAAAUUGAAGAGGGCCAUGAAAGCCAAGUUUCAGAAUCAGAGAGCUGUGAGACAAUGUCAGCUGCUGGAGUUAGAGAGAGAGGAGGAGAGAGUGUUGAUUCAGAUGACUACGAGAGGCGCAUGUUUGAAAUUGAUGAAAUUAUAAGGCAGGCUCAGUCAAAUGUUGAACGAUUUGCUGAUGGCAGUGAUAAUAGUGCUUUGGAAAAAACUGAAUCUGUCGGUCGUGGAGAUUCGAUGGAAGAGGUCGCUCGUAUUCCUGAACUGGACCUCGACCAACCAUUUUACUCUCAGCACGGAGUCGUCUCGGCUGCCGUGACUCGUGUGUGGAGUGAUCCAAAGGCGACGAGUCCCGAAGGCAGCGCAGAUUCUCUUGAUCUCAAGACUGUUGCAGACAAAUCUCAAGAUCUCAUGACGACCAGCGCGGAUUCGAUCGAACUCCAGGCUCCGCUGACGCCCAGUGGUAAAGACAUAAUGACGGACUCGGUAGAGUUGCCCGUCGACUCCGGCGUCAUGGCAACCUCGACGGAUUCGCUAGAUCUGGUCACCACCGGUGGAGCGAGUGCCAUGGCGAUGACAGACUCCAUCGAGGAUGAGUUGGGACACGUUGAGAUAGAAGGUCAAGGGUCGGGUUCCGGCGGUCAAGACCAAAGCAGUUCCAGUGGACGCGAUGGGGACUUCAGCUCAUCAGGAAGAGACGAGAACAGCGGCGAACAAGAAAAUUUACUUCCUCCUAGAGCUGAACUAAUGUUGGGCAGCACUGACUCUCUAGACCCAUCCAGUUCAACCGCCACACACGCCACGUAUCAGAACGAAACAGACUCCAUGAUGUCGUCUAGCUUUACAAGCGGUGGGUCCAACACCAUGGUUUCCAGCACAGACACCUUGGAUCCCGCGUUGGCCUCCGCCGGAGCAUUCAGCGCCGUCGACCUCGCAGCUGCUGCAGCCAGGUCAGGGAUGUGGUUCGAGGACGUGGACUACUCGGCAAGCAAACCGAUCGUGACGGAAGUCGUGGAGUCCGUGGAGGGAGACGAGUACUCCCACACGAUAAGGCGCACGGUGGAACUUCCUCCGGAGGUUAGGAAAGUGACAUUCAAGGGGCCGGAUGCACAGCGAGCCCUCAAGGAGUACGUGCAGAAGUUCGCUCCCGGGGAAGAAGUAACCGAGACGCAAGAGACAGACGACGAUGGGAACGUUCACAUCAAGCGGGUGGUGCAGCAGCGCGUGGUGAUCGCGUCGGGAGGUAUCGACACGACUGCCCCUGUCACUGGCGACCUCGACCCCUUCCCCUCCGACCCGCUCCCCUCCUCUGGGGCUGUAGUAACCACCACUACCACCACCCAGCCGGACACAAUAGCUCCCCACUUAACAGGGGAUCUGGCCGCAAGUGGCCGCGAACAGCAAGCCCCCCACUCUGACGCACAGGCCGGCGCUCCUGCAGCAGCGAGAGCUAGCGGCGCUCGGCGGCGUCCCCCGCCCGUCCACGACAUUAGCAUUGACUUUGACGAGGACCGCGAGGUGGACCCCCGCGAGCAUGACUGGCGGUUCCACUUCCGACACCACUCGGAGGAGGAAGAAGAUGCUGUGACGGUCCGCGAGGGAACGAGCGCCGGGCCCCAGACAACACAGACAACCGCGAGGGUUGUCGGGGAAGACGGCUCCGUCACCACGACUACCACCAUGACGACCGUGCGGUCGGAGACCUCGGGAGACGACGACCAGCUGCGGGAGCUGCUCGACCGGCUGGAGCAGGAGAAGCAGGCCCGGCGCUAGGGCCUCCGCCCCGCCGUCCCGCCGCCCCCUUGCCUCCGCACCCGUCGCUUCUUCAUCCGGUCCCCCUGCCUGGCCAACACUGAGUGGUGUCCUUUUAACAGUCAAAAUGUUCACGUUUAUUUUACUCUAUCCCUCGAUGCACUCAACUGCUGUUCUUUCUGUCGUGAAACAGGUUUCUUCCUCGCGAGAAAUGGCUGCUUCGCACUGUCGACAAAAUAAAUGUUAAUUCGGAACGGAUAUGUUCACACAAGUUAAUUCUGUAAAUGUUAACAAAUAUAAUUUUUUUUUUUGUUAAUUAUUUAAGGUAUUCAUAAAUGAUUCAAAUGUUUCACAAAAUUGUAUAUCUUUUCACACUGCUUAAGUAGAGAACAGUAUCCUUUGGGUUAGGCAAAUUUAUCCCUUUUAAUUUUAUGUACAAAGUAAAUGCUUAGUGGGUGGUAGUUUCCACCAGUUUCCACUUAUGUUUACAAAAUGAAUAAUUCAACCAACAAGCUACAUAAAUAUCGUUGACUUCUAAUAUUUAAACAAAAAUAAUAAAACUAUAAUGAAAUUGAAGAACAGGAGGUGUAGUUUAUAAUACUCCAAUUAAAACUAGUGCAAAACACCCUCACCCCCCAUUUUAUGGUACUUAAAACCUAAGUGUAUAACAGUAUGUAAAGUCACUGGGAAUCAACAUAUACCUCUGAUAAUUACCUAUGUAUGUAUCAUUAUUUCUAAAGACCUAAUUCCAUUGUAAUAAUGGUGUUUUACCCAAUGAGAAGACUUAGCUCAUUGAGAUAUUAAAAUCUUUAAAGGUGACUUAUUGUAUAACUGCUGAGUGAUAUGAAGUGUUACCUAACUGCAUCCUAAUGAUUGAUUAAUACUUUUUCUGCAUUUGAAAAAGCAAAUUCAUUAUUGAAAAGGCCUCACUACUAUUAAACAAUUACCGUAGGUAAUAGGUAUUGUUACAAUAACCUACUGUGACAACUAUUCCAGAAUAUUGACCUAAAUACUGUACUUAUUACAGAAUACCUUCUUGUCUGCCAAUUAAAUAAAAGAACUAUUUCAUUGCAGUAAAGGAUUACCAUGUGGAAAUUGAUCUUAAAAUUACCAGAAAUUAAGAUAAAAUACUAGCUUAGUCAUUCUAACUGUCUGGGAAAAAAUUAGCUCUGCCCAUAAAUAGAAUUGUAGGUCAUUCAUUAUGUAACACUACCCUGAUCAUGACAUAAUUACUAGAAUACAACACGAGAUGUGUUUUAACUCAUAACCUAUUUCAGGAAAACUGAAAAAUAUGUUUAAGAAUAAGUGUUAGUUCACUUCUGUAAUAAAUUUAUGAGUAACUUUUUUACUCUUACUAAAGAAAGUGAAAUUUACUUGUGAUUUGAAAUUAUAUGUGUUACCUGUGCUAAAUAAAACACACGUACACAUCAGAAUCACUUAAAAUGUGAUUGGUAUUGUCUGAUAUCAUUCUGGACAAAAUAGAAAAAAAUGCAUUAGAUAUCUUCAUACGUGUAACUUAUCUAUUACAAAACUAAGACUGUAUAGUCUGAUACCUUUCUGCUUUGGUAGUAUACUUCGGCAUUUUGCUGAUAAACCAAACUGACAGCAUUAACAGAAGUCAAAGCAUGUGAAAUGAACAACCUCCUGAUCGUGACGUUUGGACCAUCAGCUUCAAUGUGUCCAACCCGAUGGGUCGUCUUGAACUUGAGAACUACACCUCGUGUCAGAGGGUUACUGUCCGAUAAAGACGUUUUAUUGUGGCUGAGUGAUCACGGCACGAGUGUUCGACAUGAACAGUUUCACGCGAGUGCGUCGAGAAGUAGCUGUCCGUGCUGGCCUUCGGCGCACGCAAGUCCGUGUCGUGCACGAAGAUGCAAGCAGACAACUAGAAACAGCACUGAACUGUUCGAAAAUAAUGUGUCUUUACAUUGAAGUAUAUUGAGCAUGUUGUUAGCUGUUCCGAAAUAAUAUCUUACACAUAAUUGCAAAAAAAAAAAAAAUAUUUCAGCUAAGCAGCAAGUAGAAAAAAUUCAAUGAAAUUGUCUAGUCAGAAAAUAAAUUACUGUAAUGUGUGUAAAUAAAUAUAUAUAUAUUGUACAUACGUAUUUUAACAACUAAUUACGACAUAACUUAUUUAAUAAUGUAAGCACUUACCAAAAUAAAACGAUAAGAAAGCAAAGACUAAAUUUAAUAGAAGUAAUAAAUAUUUGGUUUGAUGUGUGAGAAUAUAUGUAAACGUUAAGACAACUUGUGAGAAUGAUGACCUCUUGCCAAGCGCUGUGGGUCAAGCGAUUGUCGAAAGGUCAUUGUGUUUCAAACAUUUCAAAGGACUGAUGAACAUAAAAAUAUAAAGAAAUACUACACCAUACUUUUCCAUCAUGUUUGUUGAUCAGUAAAGUAUUUACUAUUCCUAACGCAAUACACUUUCUUGGGCUAUUACAACUUUGUUUUUAAUGUCAGUCCAAUAACAAUAGACUUCAUUAUCAAGAGCAGUUUUAACACUGCGAGUAGCUGAUGACAAAAAAAAAUUAAUUUCAUAUUGAAGUUGAUAAUGUUGUAAGGCUAUUACUUUUUUUGUUUUGUUUUUGAAAUUAUUAUGAAUGUUUAAUGUUUAUGGAUACUGUUACUCAUAGCCAUAAGGAAGCAAAACUAAAAAUUACCAUAAAAAAAUUUAAAUAAUAUUAGCUUUUUAGACAUGUUGCAGUGAUUUAAAAUACCUGCUAAUUAUUGCUAAUGCUUUCAGUGAUGAAACUGUGCUCUCAUUUGUUUCAAUUGUAGUUAUCGCUUGUUGCAGUUUGUAUUUGAACUACGAUUAUUUAUAAGUGACAUGUUGUCUUGUCGGUUUGUUUUUAAAAAAUUACUGUAAUAUUUUGUUGUUUACUUUUUGCUGAUGUUUGAAAGUUGGUACAUUUGCUGCAAUCUGAAGCUUCAAUAUGUUAUUCAACUCAUUUGCAACACAUAUCUAUAUCAUACUUGACUAAAAUGUACUUGAUCAUAUAGGUACUCCGUAAGGUUGUGGUUACUAGCCGUGUCUAGUUAGGAAGUUUUGCUGUUUACAUCCAUUGCUUUCCUUCCACAAAUAUUGUAAUGAACAUCAUUGCUAGCAUGAUUUGAGUCGUGAAUAUCUAUAAUGUACUUAAAAUAAUGAAACUAUUGUUAUUUUUGAAGAAACAUUUUUUCCUUAGCUCAUAAAGUGUUAAAAGGACAUGCUUCUUUUUGAAAAUCUUUAUUAUAAGAUAUACAUAUAUAUAUUAAUAUAUCAUUGUCUUUGGAUGAAUGUACGAGGAUGCAGCUAAUGUUUUUAUUGGCUCACUGUUUUGACAUUGAAAUAAAGCUUACGAAGUGCCAGAACUUGUGGUUUUAUUUACUAAAUGACAUUUCCCAUUGCAUCAUUUAUUUAUAAUUAUAAUUACUUCAACAUUACUUUUUGAACUUGAUGCCAAGACCACAUCUUUGUUGUAUGCGUAAUAUUGAAAAGCCGUUGU